AUGUGGACCUGCCAGCUCUUGCCCCUCGGACUCUUCCUUCACUCCAUCAGCAGCAUCCCUUGGGCAGGUUAGUUCGGCUCCUGGUUUUCUUUUCCCCCCAAGGAGCUGGUCGGUCGUUUCCCACUCGGGACUUCUUGCCUUUUCGUUUUCUUUUUAAAACAAAUGUGCUUGUUGCGUGCAUUGAAAGUUCCCCACGUUUGUGUCGGAAACACGCGCACACGUGCGUGUGAACGCGCGCCAAUAUGCAUUUACGGGAGAGGGGGGAUAUUGAGAAUUUUCUGUGCUUAUGAUGUAUCCAAAUGCAUGACGAGAAGUAUUUCGAUUUUUUUUUUCUGGCGAGGGAUGUCCGGAGGGCGAAUGAACGUGUGAAAAGCGCCCGGCAACUAAUGGGUUAAGUUUGUUUUGCGAAGUCCCCUCCCGGGACAGAUCUGAAGCUACACCCCCUGAUCCGUGUCCCAGGACGCUUGUAGUAGGGCAUCAAAUCAUUCAGGUGUCUGGAUCGAAUAUGGUUCCCUUUUAUCCAUGCCAGAAAGUGGCAGGGAAAUAAAAAUCUGCCUCAAAGCAAACCCCGUUAUCCUCUCUGAGCAAGUGAGGGACCAGUGGGAGACUGGCUGGGUUAGAAAUCAAAACAGAAAUGUAUUUUGCCCCACCUAACUGUUCCUGUAAAUACAGUAGAUCUAAAAAGACUUCAUGGAUCUGUGCAGGAAGAGAACUCUCUGUGGAUGUUGCUGCAGAAUUCGUCUUGUUCUGUAUAAAGGCACUCUCUGCCCCCCCCAAACCCCCCAUGUGCACAGUUUUCGGAGCCCAAAGACCUACAUAUGUGCAAUCUUUGUGAACUGGGCAGAUUAGCAGAUCUAAGGGAAAGCGGGAGAGUUAUUUCACUGCUUGUUUCUAGGCUCUCUCAGCUGUGAUGGGGCAAGAGGAAACAUCUGUCCCUUAUUGCAGUGUAAUUGAUUACAUGUUAAGCAGUAUGAGGACAACAGUGAGCAUCCUAACCUCAGGAGACCUAGUUCCAAGGCUUGGAACGAACACCUAAAUGAGGGCCAUGUCCUUGUGUGUGCCCAGUGCAGUAAACUGUCUAUUUCUGGACCCAGUUAAUUAACAUUUCAUCUCCGAGCCAAUCAAGUUCCCGGGGCUGUGGAAAGUAGGAAGAGCAAACAAUAAGCAAUCAACAACUGGAAACUGCUGACUUGGUUUUUUGUUUUCUGAGUGUCUUCCAUGGGACUGAAACACUGGAGGGAUGGGGCUUGUAUUUCUCCGUUGUUUGGGGGAUAUUUUUUAUUAUAAAGGAAACACGUUGGGUUUUUGUCUCUCUCUUUUUUGAAGUUAGCUAAGGCAAAUGUUGUGGAAACAGAUAUACCUGCUUAUCGGUUUGGAACCACGUGUACCUUUUUUGUAGAUAACUUUGACAGCAUGAUAGAGGCACUUUGCUAACUUCCUCUAAUUUAUUUAUACAUCUUAUUAAUGCAGCUUAUUUAUACAGCUGUGAAGAGUUGAUAGUCCAGUAGUUUGUCUGAUACGAAGUGCUUUUUCUAUUUAUUUAUUUUAAUGAUGGUCCAGGUGAACUUUAGUUUCCGUCUCACUAACAUGAUCUCCCCCGUAUUUUCAGCAUCCUUCUUGUCCUACGCCCUCUCUCUCCUGCAAUCACUUUUAACAUUUGAUCCCAGUUAAUUUGAUUUAGGAUGAAGACAAGUUUUUAUUUCAUUUCCAUCCCCAAAGUGCAUCCUUGGAUGGACAAAUUCUAUUUUAUUUCAGUCUUAUUUUCUCAGAAUGUAAAUAUUUCACAUGCUGGGAAAAACAAUAGAUUGACUCCAUACAGUAUUAUAAACACAAAUAUCCCCCCCAUACCAUUUAUUUUCUUUAUUUUCUUCUUCUUUUUGUUAUGGAAAGUGUUACUUUAAUUUUUGCUACAGGGUUUGUAUUAACAUUCUUAAUACCAGCUCUCAAAGAAAUAGAAACUCCAGAAGCUAAUCUAGCUGAUCACUGCAAACGUCUAGGAAUCAAAUAGUCUUAUUACAUCAUGGUUAUUCUGCUGUUGGAUGUCUGGGUUGGUCUUGGAUUGAUCAAGUUUUAAAUAUAUAAACAUAAAUGUUUAUACUUGCAAAGUAGGUUUUUGUUUGUUUCAGCCAAGAGCAAGACCUCUGUUAUACAUCACACCUUAUUUGAAUUGCAUCACGUUCUUGAGGGCAUGUGGGAGGGCAACUUCAAUGCAUGCUGACUUUUUCAUUUGUGAGUUGCUCUAGAUUAUCUGAAUCUCUUUCAGUAUAUAUGUGAAUAUAAGUUAUGAAAAAUCACAGAUAAAAGUUUGUGACACUUCCCCGAGCUUUUAGAAAAUCUGUUGUCUAUAUAUCUUAGUGACUGUAGAUUAUAAUUGCUCCUAAAUAUAUUUUUGUGAUAAACUAAUUAAAAACAUUACCCCCUUUUAAACCUUAUAUUUUGGAUUUAUUAAAUUAUGGUAACACUUUGGUGGUAGAAUCUCUUGGCCAAAUUUCUUCAUAGUGGAUUAAUGCUACACUCAUAGCUCAACCCUGUGCAUUAGAUUAGUUUGAGAGAGAAUUAUUAAGUCAAGGCCAUCUUUGAGUUGUAAUAGGAAUCUGCUGCAUCCCAUUCUCUCUGCUAAUGUGCUGUAUUUGAUGUGCACCAGGAGAACUGGGAACUGUAGACUUUUAAAUUGUGCUGACCUCACAAAUUCCCACCACCCUUAGCAAACUGCCGUUCCCAGGAUUUCCCCUGGCUAUUAAAGAGGUGUAAGAGUGCUUUAAAUGUAUGGUGUGGAUGCUUUUGCCACAACCUCUCCAGAGUACUCAGACUUUGAGUGUGUAAAUAAACCACCUAACAAGGAAGCUGAGUUUCCUGCAAACAUGCCUGCUCCUGGUCACAUUUCAUGGCAUUUUCCAUGUGACUCAUGUUGCCACACAUCACAGAUGAAGAAAAUCUGAACUUUGGUCAAUCAAAAUAUUCAGAAGCAUAGUAGAGAUUUUGCUGUGUCUUGUUGGCUCUGUGUUUACAUAACUACAUGUCAUUAGCCUGCAGUGAUUUAUUCUUUCAGCUGUAGAUUAUUAUUAUGCCGUAUGCUGUCAGCAGUUAAAAUGAUAUUCUGCCAGUCUGAAGACUGUAUUCUUUUUGGAUAAUGGAAUCCAUUCGGUGCAAAGUGCCAAUAGCUGCUUAUUGGUCACACACACACACACACACACACACACACACACACACACUCUGGGGGGGGGGAGUUCUAAAGCACAGAGCAUUUGAUCCCCUUUAUCAGAGUUUCCCCCUCCACUUUUCCUAUUUAAAGCUAUUUUUGUGAGGAGAGCAGCAUGAGGAAAGUGGAGCUGAAGGGCUCAAGAUUAGGAUGUUGCGUAAAAACUGGAAAAUCAUCCACUGAAAUCAAAGAAAGGAAAGCCUCUUAGUGGGGAAAGCUUAUCUCACUCUAUAACAUGGUCUAAAGCUAGAGUGGAAAUGUGCAUUCUCUGUUAUAGAGUGAGGGAUCUCUGCUUCUGAGGGCUGAUGGAUGGGUGUGUGAAGGCUGUUCCUCAUGAAACUUUUUUUUUUCUUUUUAAUGGGUACAGAUAUCAGAGAACAAAGUGCACACACACAGAUUUUAAAAGGCAGGAAAAUGACAGCUUUGCUGCAGGGUUUUUUUUUUUUAAAAAAAACACCCCAAUGUGUCUACUGUGAGCAAAACGUAGUUGAACACCACACAUAAUGAUCAAGAAUACAGAAGAACAAGCCUUGCUGGAGCAGAACCAAUAUGGCUUUUGCAAGGGUAAUUCCAAUCCAAAGGAUGGCACCAAGGAAUCCUAAGUAAGCUUAGCAGUCAUGGGAUAGCAAGUGGCAAAUGCAUUUCAGUGUAAACAACUGUAAAGUGAUGCAUCUCAGGGUAAAAAAGAAAAAGAAAAUUAGAUAUACAAAAAUGGCUGGUGCAGAGCAAGAAGAAACUUGCUGUCAGAAGCCCUUGAACGCUGUUAUUUGACCAGAAUUAGCUAUUUUUUGGAACAGCAAGUUUUGCAGUCUAUAGUCAUGGAUACAGAGGACAAUGUUGGUGCUGAUAACCAGACUCCAAUAAGCAGGCAGUCCAGACCUGGGGGUGUGGGGUAGGGAACAAGCAGAAUUCAAGAGGGAAACUGCUUGUGGGGAAUUGUGCUCACGUUGAUUCUGUUUGCAGUUUUUCAAAUAGGCAUAUUGGAACACCUCGGCUUCAAAUGCACAUGCCAUCUUUAGUUAAUAUGAUCUGAUAAAUAUUGUACCCAUUAUAAGAAAUCCACAGUGCUGGAAAGGAAUCCAGUGGAUAUUCAAUCACAGGGAUAGCCAAUUUGGGGCUUCCGGCUCCCCAAAUCCCUGACCAUUGAUUCUGAUGGCCAAGGCUGAUGGACAUUUAGUCCACAACACCUGGAACGCACACACUGAAUGGUAAUAUAGAGUAAGGCAGUUGUGCAGCUUGGGAGGGUGUGGCCCCAGGUACAUUUUUUUGAGGUAGAACUAGAUGCCCCCACGACAGGCUCCAUCACUGAGGCCAGAGCUGCGGGGAAGGAAGCUGCACCCGGACUGGGCCUUUGGGGCCUGGAUCCGGAAUGCAAGGGAGCUGUGGAGGCAGCUUCCUUGUGCGAUGGUCCAAUGCUGCCGGCCUAAGCUGCCCAAUGAGUUCGUGCUGGAUGUGAUAAUUGAAACAAGGACUUCCUACUUCUCAGACCAUUCUCAUAGAGAAGGUAUGGGGAACUGUUGGUCCUUUGGAUGUUGCUGUACUACAACUCCCAUAAUAUGGAUGGGUCAUUCUUCUUGGGAUUGAUGGGAGUUGUAGGGCCAAAGGUUCUCCACACCUGUCAUAGUGGCAUGUCAUGUCAGUGAUUGUUGUGUUUGGUAAGCAAUUGUUUUGCCUACGCUAUCACACAUUGUGAACUUGAUUGAUCAGGGAGCACAUCAUAUAGAAAGAUGCACAUAUGUAAAGCUGGGGAAUAGGUAUGGCCAUUCAUUGUUCCAAACACAGGAGGGGAUGUGUUGAUUCUUCCUCUUUCCUCCCGGCCCUCAUUUCUUAAUUUGGUAUGUAUUUCUGUAUAACUCAGCUCAGGAAAAUGUCACGGUGAGCUAACAUUUUUUAAUGAAGUCCUUCUGUGGGUUGUUCACUGUGCAGUAGUAUUUAUUCACUUCUGCUUUCAACUAUUGUUGCUUUUUCAACCUGUCAUCAUCAUUCAUUUUUUCUGUGUGUAGGACCUUGUGCACAUAUUAUCCUCCUGGUCUUCUGAAGCUAGCCUGCCCAAACCAAACUACUUAGCUAGAAAUGAGGGAGGUUAGCUUUAACAAAGCAGUGCAGGGACUUCACAGAAGAAUGACACUUCUCAAGUAUUAAACCUGUUCCUUUGCAUUUCUACACAACUGCUGCUGUGGUAAUUUGAACUAGUGCAAGUGGAGAGCCAUAGAAUGGGGAGUUACAUUUAAUACUCACUGGAUGUAUGUCUUGCUUCAUCCCUCGCCCUGAUUCCAGCUGGGAUGCCCAGGGAACUGGAGCCAUCCCACCAAUUGUUGUGUUCAGGGUUUCUUGGAUGUGAUACCCUGCCACACUAUUACCCUUCCAGAUUCUCCUUCCCAAGCAAUAUGGAUGAAUAUGAAUCACAUCAUGCGCUUGCGCAGAUGCAGUGUUGCGGGUUGCGAACACUGCAGGUUGCGAACGUGCCUCCCGCACAGAUCAUGUUCGCAACCCGAGGUAUGACUGUAGUUAGUAAGUUUAGGGGCUAAUGACCACAGAGCUGUAUUGCUGGUAGGCAGAGACUCAGACCAUAGAAAUGUAAUUGGUAAAGAGAGGGCUCUGUGUGAUGUCAUUUCCCCUUUUCUCUUGAGCAGGAAGAAUCAAAGAAGUAUUUCCUGUGUCUUCCCUCCCAUUUUCUUCCUUGGACCAGCAAGGGGGCAGACAUGCCCUCCACGUGCUCCAGCCCAGGCAUAUGCCUGUUUCUACUGCAAGUAUAAGUAAUUUAUCUGCAUAGUUUUUAGUACUGCUGUAGCUGAGAACUGAUGCAUGACUAUAAGUAAAUAAAUCAUAUUUUAAACUUACUCCCCAGUCUGCUGUCUGAUUCUUUGUUAGGUGGGGUAAGAAAAGCAGGAGCCAGCUUAGUUUGGAGCUGGACUUGUUCAAAUCAAUGCUUUAUAGCAGGGGGCCGGUCCACUGCCCCUCAGACCUUGUGGGGGGCUGGACUAUUUUUUUGGGGGGGGGAUUAUGGAAGAGCACCUCAAGCCCUGGUCCACUGUCCCUCAGACCUUGUGGAAGAGCACCACAAGCCCCGGUGGCUGCUUACCUGUGUCUUGUGAGCGGCAGGGGCUGGCAGUGGCUGAGGGCUCCAGAGAGGGGCUGCUUAAAAUGGUGGCUACUGAAGUGCUGCUGCUGCUGGCACCAACAAAGCCCUGCCCCCUUCCUCCUCUAGGCAGGGCGGGGGGGAGCCAGGAGGAGGGAGGGAGGGAGGAGGUGCCGCUGUUGCCGCUUUGUGAGGGAGAGGGAAAGAACGUGCAUGCUGGUGAUCCACACAGCGAUCCGCAGGCCGGAUCCAGAAGGCAAUUGGGCCUGAUCUGGCCCACGAAACUUAGUUUGCCUUCCCAUGCUUUACAGCCUAAUUCCCAUGCUUCAGUUUUGUUACUAAGGAUGGGACUUCAAACUCUGUUCAACCAACACACAUGGGUGCCUGGAGAGAUAAAUUCUAAUUAAACUAUCCUCUCUCACCUAUUAAAACCCACUCCUCAGGACUAAGAUAAGAAAAUCGCAAAAGCAAUUCUAGGGGUUGGAUAUGGAAUUUGACUUGGGCUGAGGACACUUGAAUUCAAACCCAAUGGAGUGCACAGCCUACUUAUAUUCAUUAGCAGAAUAAAAACAAAAAUGGCACCAGUCAUAAAAUUAGACGUCACAUAAGGGAACUGUUUCCUAUGAAAAGGAGUGGAAACUUUGGUGACGUUAUUACUGGUGGGAGGGGAAGCUGAAUGUCGAAACAAAAGCUUCUUAUUCGUUGUUUGGAAGCUCUGUGCUGCUGUUCGUCCGAUGUGUAUCUAGACUGUAGAUGCCUAUCAGAGGGACAACAGCAGAACAAAACCUUAUGCCAGGCUGCCAAACCACCCUGAUGUGCAGAUAACCUGUUCCUGGAAGAAGGAAGAAAGGGGCCAUCCCUGUUUUAGGCAUGUACCUUCCAACUAUAGUUAGGGUUGCCAUAUUUCAAAAAGUAAAAACCAGGACACCCCAAUAGAAAGACCCCAAAAUGUGAUUUUUUUAAUUAACUUGCCUGUGAUUCAGGACAAAGCGCCGCCUUUCAGAAAUUCCCCCUGGACGUCAAUUUUGCCUGUGAAGUCCCAGUAAUGUCCAGGAAAAUCCGGGUGUAUGGCAGCCCUAACUAUAGUAUAAAACAGCCUGUGUGGCUCUUUGUUACUGCCUGUUGCAUUGGUAGUCCUUCUUGACGUAGGUUGUGAAGGCAACACGUACCAGAAACUAGGAUGCAGAUGAAAGGCAAAUCCUUUGUCUUUUCCUAGGGUCUAUGUGACAAUUGCACAUACAGAAGCCUCAGUAAUAUACUGAAAAAUGGAUUACAAAGAAGAUAAAAAGACAAUGUAAUGUAUAUCAUAACUGGGUAACAUUCAUUUCCUUGGUAAAAAUGGUAAAGUGUUUAAAAAUACCAAACUGUCUAAAAUUUGCCUUCUCCCUCACCCAUUGCUGUUUCCAGCAUAUUCAUUGCUGUUUUCCCUUAAAAAUCAAUUGAGCUGGCGUUCAAUUUUAUUAGCCCUGGGGUUGUAUUUGACUGUACUUUGUAAAUCUAUUUUGUAACUUUGCUGUGACCUAGUUGCGUGUGCAUGUUUUACUACAAAUUACUUGAUUUUUAGUAUUUAUUUGACUUGAAUUAUCCAUAUGCUAACUGCUAACAAGCAGUCUUACACAAUACCAAGUGAAAUUCUUUUCUUAAGUAAAAACAAAACAAAACUACAGAUUGCAUUUUUUAAGCUGAUGGUUAAGGGCUAGUCAGUAGCUCUUUCUAUAGAUAAAUAUCUAUUGACAUUCCACCUACUAAUGCGAAAGAUGUAAUCUUUUCUUUGGCAUGUCUUCAAUUUUACGUAAGUCCAGGAAAAAAAUGGAAGCUGUAUACAAUUGCCUCCUCUGUUAAAGUUCCUUUCAGUUUGGAGAGUUUGGAGAUUUCAUGUUUCUUCACUUUAAUACACUAUUGUUGUACCCCAAUUUCCUAGCAGUGUGAGAUUUCAGGGUUCCAGGCACUUACCCAGGGUUUGUGCUUCCUUUGUAAUGAAGUAUAGCAUGGUGUCGUUAUGAUACAUGGUUUAUUUACACAUAUAUACAACCUGAGCCUACGAUGGAGGGUUUCACAGCAUUAACACCUCAAGAAGCCUUGCUUCCCCAAUAGCCACAGCCUUGAAGUCCAAGAGAAAGCAAACAUUUUAGGGAAGGGGACCCACCCACUUGCCAUCUUGCACAGAUCCACUUUGUUCCUCUUAAUAGCCCAUCAGCUAGGUGAUCGCCUUACAAGGAAGCUAGUAUGGCUUCUUUUUUUAACAGUUGCUGAAUCCAGGAGUUAGAAUGAGUUGGCAUACAGCCUGCUCCCCACCCCCAAACUUAUAACACUAUUUAUUUCAGAGUUCCCCACCCCCUGCAUAAUGUGCAGCAGUACUUGGCAAAGAAUGCUAGUUUCACUGGUUAUAUACAGGUGGUACUUGCAACAAAAUAUUGCAGUAUAUCCCCACCUCAUUGCAGAAGUUCUCCUGUUCAGGGUUCUUGCCAGCCAGGCAUGGUUUCCUCCAGGAUACUAUAAACUUUAAAGAUCUCAAGCAUUCCACUCCCUGACUAUAUGUCAUUUUUUAUUUUCCAAUUGACACUCAAUAUUUCAUAGCUACUGGGCUUGCUAUGUAGGCUGUUUGGGGGCUUUGUGUGCCCUCAGGAUUUUUCGAAGGGUUUUUUGGUACUUCUGCAAACCUUGGGGUUCCUCUGAGCUUUCUGAUACCACCCUCUUGAUUCCCAGUGGCCCAUUGUGGCCAUGGUCCUGUUGGCACUAGCUAUGUUCACUCUUAGAGGGGGUGAAAGCAGCAGGUUCCCAGUGAGUGAUUUCUUUGUUAUACUGUAGUCACCUGUGGAGUGAUGGGUGCACAAGGGAUUUGGAGAGGUGGGGAGGACAACCCACCUAUCAAUCAUGUGACGUCAUAAUGAUAAUAGAAUUGUAGAGUUGGAAGGGACCACAAGGGUCAUCUAGUCCAACCCCCUGCAAUGCAGGAAUCUUUUAACCCAACGUGAGUCUUGAACCCACAACCCUGAGAUUAAGAAUCUCAUUCUCUGCUGCCUGAGCUGUCAGCUAUCCCAGGAAUCAGAUGCCAUGUCACCACAUGGGCAGCCCUCCCCACAUGUCAAAUUUGCCCUGCAAGGUUGAUCUUGAUAAGGAUCCAUGGAGCUGAAAGGGUACCCUACCCUUGUUCCAGCGUUACGUUUCUCACCAUGACUGAGACACACAUUUUAUGCUUUCCUACAGAGGCCAACCUAGCAGUUCAAAAGCCCGUCAAAGUGCAAGUAGAUAAAUAGGUACCGCUCCAGCUUGAAGAUAAAUGGUGUUUCCAUGCGCUGCUCUGGUUCGCCAGAAGCGGCUUAGUCAUGCUGGCCACAUGACCCGGAAGCUGUACACUGGCUCCCUCGGCCAGUAAAGCGAGAUGAGCGCCGCAAACCCAGAGUCAGCCACAGCUGGACCUAAUGGUCAGGGGUCCCUUUACCCUUUACCUUUACAGAGCCAAUUCAACACAUGAAGGAACUGUGAGUGAAUGAUGCAAUCACAAGUGGAAGGACAGAUGUUAAUUAGGUGGGAAAGGCCCAAACAAUUGGCACCACUUGCAAGAUCAUUGUCAUUUAUAUGGAUCUCCUAGUUUUGGAAGAUUACACUAUGUGGAAGCAUCUCCUUCAUAUGCAAAGGAUGCUUCAGAAGUAGACCUACUUUCAUUUCUAUAGGGACCAAGGGCUCAAGCUACGCAGCUGUUAACGGCCAGCCAAAAGUCUGUAGCUGGUAUUACAGGUCAAGGUUUAGUGUGUUGCAUCCUUGAGCAGCUGCUGGGACCCCAUUGCCUUGACAGGGCAUCCUGCUGCUCUACUCCAGUGUUUCUGAAACUUGGGUCUCCAGCCGUUGUUGGACUACAACCCCCAUCAUCUCUGACCACUGGUCCUGUUAGCUAGAGAUGUAGUCCAAAAACAGAUGGAGACCCAAGUUUGAGAAACACUGCCACUGCUAUAAUAACUACCAUAAUCUUUCCUGUGUCAGGUGGCUUGGCAGCACCACUUAAAUUUCAAAAAAUACAUUGGUGUAUUGAGGGACCGUAGAGGGAAAUUGUGGCUCCAAGCCACCCAGUGCUGAAUACAGUGUUGCUGCUGCUCUCCACUGUACCACCAGGCAGUCCCCAUACAGGUAGGUGUUGGAUUGCCUGGUGGCAGUAGCCUUGAAGCUGGGGGACCUAAGGUCAGGCCAGCUAGGUCUGCGGAAUCUGCUGCAUAUCAUGAAGGUGGGGAUAGAGGAGAGGAGGGGUGCUGAGAAAGUUUCAUAUAACACUUAAAAACCUGUGAAGAGCCUGCUAGAUCAGGCCAAUGGCCCAUGGAGUCCACGUCCCGUUCUCACAGAGACCAAUCAGAUGCCAAUGGGAAGCUUGAAACCAGAACCUGAGCAGAACGACCACUGGCAGCUUUCUCCUUCAGGAGUUUUAAAGCCAUCCAAGCUGUCACUGAGAUUGAAAAAUGUGGUGGAGCCACGAGAUGUAGAAGUCUACAGUUGCUUUAAAAAAAAAAAAGCCUUCUAGGAAACCUCUGUUGUAAUCUUGAUUGCUUGUGACACCUCUUUAGCUUACUACUGGUACAAUGUAUUUUAGAGGAAGGAAGGAAAUAUUGCAAAAGGAGAAACAAAAGUAUACUUCAUGUGCAGUAACGUGACAGAUUUCUGGCACGCAACUAUUUUAAAGUUGUUUUCAGAUUUACAUUUUAUGUAGCUUCUUUGCUAAAGUGAAAUCAGCUUUAUUCUCAGAAGAUCAUAAUGCAAACCAGUGGGUAAAAGUAAUAAAGGCUUCAGCUUGUGUUCCAGUUUUUCUUUUUUGCUUGUAAAUGGCUGAAUACUUAUUUGUUGUGCUUAUUUGUUACACUUUUAGCCCACCCUCAAGGACCUUUGAGUGGGAUUUUAUGCUUGCUGUGUUGGUUAGGCGGUGGUGGGGUGGAAAGAGAGAGUAUUUGGCCACCCAGUGAGCGUCACAUCAUAUCUGAGUGGGAAUGUGAAUUUGGCUUUUCCAAAUGCAAGCCCCAACAAUUUAUCCAGUCUACCACCCUGUCUGCUGAGGUUUCCGGUGUGUUUGGGUGUGUAUGUGUUGCUGCUUUAGCAGUCCUUUCCCAUUUUGGUGUGUGCAGUUGGAAUUCCCCUAAGUGAAAAUCAACACUACUUCUAGGGCCACAUUAGGACAAAGUAGCCUUGACAACUUUUCAUGCAUCUCCUUCAGCAUUCACAUUGUCUUCAACACCAGCUGGAAGCAAGCCUGCAACCACAGAGCCUAGGGCUUGCCGAUCAGAAGGUUGGCGGUUUGAAUCCCUGCGACGGGGUGAGCUCCCGUUGCUCGGUCCUUGUUCCUGCCCACCUAGCAGUUCGAAAACACGUCAAAGUGCAAGUAGAUAAAUAGGUACCGCUCUGGCGGGAAGGUAAACAGCAUUUCCGUGCGCUGCUCUGGUUUCGCCAGAAGCGGCUUAGUCAUGCUGGCCACAUGACCUGGAAAAACUGUCUGUGGACAAACGUCAGCUCCCUCGGCCAGUAAAGCGAGAUAAGCGCCGCAACCCCAGAGUUGUCCGCAACUGGACCUAAUGGUCAGAGGUCCCUUUACCUUUACUAGAUGUGAUGAUAAACUUCCCGCUGUGUCUUUAUUUGAUUUAUUUCAUUAAGAAAACCCAAUGCAUUUAAUUGCAAAUGUGCUGGGACUGCAGUGCACAGGGAGAAGGAUAUAAGCCUUUGCUUCUUCCAGUACAAUUCUGAUGAAAAUUGCGCCCCCAUCCAGCUUCUUUUAGCCCUGGCAGGGAAACUUCCAAGCUUCUUUUCUUGGACUACUAGUACAUACCCACCCAGUGUCCCUGUUUCUCCAGGACAUCCAUGUAAUUACAGACGCAAUCCCAGCUUCUGAUUUCAUAGAAUCAUGGAAUCAUAAAAGUAAGAUUGCCACCACUUCAGAAUUUGCCUGCCUCCCCCUGCCCCCAGAAUUGCUGAAUAUCCCCCUCACUUUCAAGAGAGAGGAAUGGUCCUACAAAAGUGAAGGGAGAAGCAUUUGGCUCAGCUUGAAUUCAGUGUACACCAUCUGUGAGGUCUUGCACCAUCCCUUGGGCCCACCAAGCCCCCUAAGCUACACCUGUAGUCAAAGAGUAAUUUGUCCAUCACUGCUUUUCCUUCAGCUACCAUCACUCCACCAUCACUUUUCUACUGCCACAUCUCCCCAAUUUAUAGCCCAAAUCUGCAAUUACUGCUGGAUCCUGAGUUUCUGUUAGCAUUGUUCAUUACCCUUACUUCAUUUUUCCCCAUUUCCUCAUCCAUAUGUGAUUAAUGCCUGUAUAUAGUGCUUUUUUCUGGGGGGACGCAGGGGGACACAUACUCCUAAACAUUUUGUGAAUCUAACUUUGGCCUCAUUGGGGGGCAGCAUUUAAAUAUGAGUAGGGAAAUGGGAGUCCCUGUAAAUAUUUCUUUAGGAAAAAAGCGCUGCCUGUAUGAACCUGUUGGUUUCUUCUGCAGAAGGCAAAGGGAAAAGAAAUGCCCUUCAUGACUACAGGAAGACAGCUGAUGCCACGUUAAUGAGAAUAGACAAGGCGCUGAAAGUGAAGACCAAGCUGCUGAAUACUACGGAACAGUGCGCCAAAAGAUGCAACAGGAAUAAAGGACUUCCGUUCUCUUGCAAGUAAGCAAUGUUUUAAUUUGCUUUUAGUAUUGCCAAAAUACUAGUCUAGUCCAGGCAUCAUGGUAUUUAACUGACAAGCUUCCAUAGACAAGAGGAAACGUUGCUUUUUAGAAGAGCAUUUGAGCAAAACAUUUUUGAAGCUGGCUGGCUGAUGUUAGGUGAUAUUAGGUGCGCUGUUUGUAUGACUUCAGGCCUGUUCAGAUUAUUGUUGUUCCCCCUGCGGUUGUGGAAGAAUUGCAUAAACUCAUUUCCUGCUACUGAUCUCUUUUGAAGGCAGUCCUGGGAUACCAGGCGAAGGAUGAGGGGGUGAAUAGCCUCCUAAUAAAUUUGUUGAUAUUUCUAGCCUUCUUGUUUUGUUGGUUUUAUCUGUUUUUUUAUGACACUUUGACAACUUUACUGCUUUGAACUUGCUUGGAAACAGGCUAUAAAAUAUUAUAAAAUGAGAUCAUGUUUUCAGAAGUUGGAAAAUAAUGAGGUGUUAAAAUUAAGUAAAUGUGGAGCAUCUUUUUUUGAGAUUUGCUGGUGGUCAGCCAUUUGGAUAAGAACAAACUGAAGGAAUUGCCCGGGGCCAAGAGUUUCUAAGAGAGAAGUGCUUUCAGGCAAUUGCCCAGAUCAGCUUCAUGUGCAUGUAUUUUGCAAACUUAGGACUCAGCUAUACAGCUGCAAAUAAAAUGUUUUACAUGUGUUGUAAAGUGCAAUAUACAAAUGCGACACUAGAUGGCGAAACUGGGCUAUGCAAAAUUCAACGUAUUUUUCAAAACUUUUUUAAAAAAGCAUUUUCACAGCAUUUUUUAUAUGUGUGUAGAUUCCACAUUAGACAGUUUUGUGAUAUAUGUAAUGGUUUGGCUAGUUUAAUUUUACUGUUUAGUAUUGGAUCCUAAUGGAUUAUUGAGUAUUGUUUUAUUUGAUAUGUUGUUUAUUUUAAAGUUAAUGUGACUUUUUAUAUAGGAUCUGAUUGUUACUAUUAAUGCUUGUUUUUUGUUGUUGUUGUUGUGAUGAUGAUGAUGAUGAUGAUGUUGGGAGCUGCCCAGAGUGGUUGGGGCAACCCACCAGAUGGGCAGAUAUUAUUAUUAUUAUUAUUAUUAGUUGCUUAUUUUCCAUUUAUCUGGCUGCUGAUUGCUUUUCUGCUUAUAGCAGCAGAUAUCCUAUAUGUCUUUGUGGAACAAAAGAUUUUUUUUUUUCAUUUUGGAAUGUGUCCAAAUUUUUCUUCUGGUUUACGUUGCCCAAUGGCAGAUAUGGGGAACCUUUGACCCUGCAGAUGUGGCUGAACUAUAGCUCCCAACAUAUCUUGUAGUCUACCAGUUAUGAAAGGGAGAUUUCUUUCAGGUCAUUUAAAAUGAUAGCAUAAUCACUGAGCUUUCAGAGCACGUCCUGGGAGAUGAGCCGGGUGACUGGGGCAGUGAGGCAGGUGGGCGGAUCUGUUUCCUGAAAACUUUGGCUUUUCCACUUUAUAUUGACGGCACCUCUAUGCUAAAACCAUGUGAAACUAUUUGGCCCAGGAUUGGGGGGGGGGGGUUAAAUUGCAUUUUUUGCAGAAUAGAGUGCAAAUACCUCCCCUCUCAAGAUUGAUUUGAUUUUGGAUUUGUGUGUGUAUAUGAAAUUGUAAUACCUUUUUGGGGGGCUUUUUUGAGUUUAGGGUAGUUUCCUUCCUUCCUUCCUUCCUUCCUUCCUUCCUUCCUUCUUGGCUGGGCUCAGGCACAUAGAAGAAGAAGAGUUUGGAUUUGAUAUCCCGCUUUAUCACUACCCUGAGGAGUCUCAAAGCGGCUAACAAUCUCCUUUCCCUUUCUCCCCCACAACAAACACUCUGUGAGGUGAGUGAGGCUGAGAGGCUUCAGAGAAGUGUGACUAGCCCAAGGUCUCCCAGCCAUAGCUGUCAACUUACAGAUUUGAAAAUAAGGGAUCAGCAGCCAAAAUAAGGGAUUUUCCGGGCACAGGUAUGUUCAACUUCUGAGCCCCUCCGAGCCAAAGGCAGAAAGCCCAGCCAGCAGCCAAAUGAAGCCUCAUCAAUAAGGGACAGCUGCGGGUCAUUGCGCUGGGAUAAGGGACUGUCCUGCCAAAUAAGGGACACUUGACAGCUAUACACCCAGCAGCUGCCUGUGGAGGAGUGGAGACGUGAACCUGGUUCACCAGAUUACGAGUCUACCGCUCUUAACCACCACACCACACUGGCUCUGUUACUGGAAACAGAAUAGGGAAUAAUGUUACAUAAUGACAUAGCAAAUGUCCAUGAGAUAUUCUUGGGGUGAGAAAAGUGAUAGCCAUCAUGUGAUGUCAGUGAGGACAGCCAUCACUCCUACCCCCCAAGAGCCACUGGAAGCAAGGUUGGAAGCCGUUGGAGCAUCAUCAUCAUCACCAGCAACGUUUGUACUUUUCUAGGCUUCUAACAAUGAGUAGCAAAUAGUAUCUGACUUUCAUUAUUUGUAGCAAUGCAAGAUCUCCCUGAACCUGCUAGUGAUUCAUUCCCAUUUUGAAAGAGGGGAAUGGGGAGUGGAUUCAUGGAAGUUCAGAGGAAAAACCUCAGCAUUUGUUAGGGCCAGACAUUGCAUUCUAUCUGUCAAGGGCCUGAGAGUCUCCUCAGUCAGGCUGAGACAUCUUCCUUCCCAUACAGAGUUGGACAUCUUACUAGAGUUUUACCAUUUAUUCAUCCCAUUUUCUGCACAGGGCUUUUGCAUUUGAUAAAGCUUCCAAACGCUGCCAUUGGUUUUCCUUUACUGCCCUAGAAAAUGGAGUGAGGAGCAGGGAAGACAACACAUUUGACCUGUAUGAAAAGAAAGGUAAGUUGCUUAUUCAUUAGCCAUGACCUUAUAGACAAGAAAGCCUGCCUGAGUGAGCGAGUUAGUAUAAUGUCUCAUUGGCUAUUGUGAGCCCCCCUCCCUUUAUAGAAGUUCUAAUAGAGGGAUGGGGAACCAUUUUCAUUCCAAGGGUCAGAUGGGGAACUAAAAGGAACAAUUCCAGGAAAAAAGUCAAGUAAAACUCCUUGUUUAGUUGCAGGAUUAAAUUAAUGAAACUAAACAGAACAUUUUCUUAUGUCCCAACAAAGGUUUUAAAGAGUGAAUAAAUAUAGAUAAGGCCAAGGACUUGUAAGUGGCCAAUGAUUUGAUGUUGUUUACUUUGAACAGCAGGCUCAUUCUCUGAACUAUUUUGACUCUCAUCUCUUUGCCAUUUGGCACUGGGGAGGUACUGUUUGAGAAACAGGAGCUCAGAGCCCCCCUUGGUGCGCAGAAUUAGUUGCACAGUUCUUUGGAUACUGGCCAAAACAUUUAACAAAUUAUUGUAUGAAAUUUUAGAUGUUUAAAAAUUGCACUAGUCAUGAACAAUUGGCACAAAGCAAGAUGAGUUGACCCUUAUUAUGUGUGAGUAUAAAAGUACACUUGCUAAAUUUCUAUGCAUUUUUAUUCACUAAUAAAAUGUGAUGUCUUCCAUUUAUCUGUUUUGUUUUAUGAUUCAUCUCCCACAGACUAUGUUAGAAAUUGUAUCAUUGGUAAAGGAGCAAAUUAUAAGGGAACCAUAUCAGUCACAAAAAGUGGCAUUCGGUGUCAGGCAUGGAAUUCCACAAUACCUCAUGAACACAGGUAAGAUUGAUGAUAUCACAAGAGCCCAGUUCUACAUAACUUUCUCCUGCCAAUUUCCUUUCCUUUCAUUGAUAAUAGAAUCAUAAAAUUGUGGAAUUGGAAGGGACCCCAAGGGUUAUCUAGUCCAACCCCCUGCAAUGCAGGAAUCCCAAGGAAGAAGAGUCCAUCAAAUUCCAAAGGAGACUAUUUCACUGUCAAACAGCUCUUCCCAUCAGAAAGUUUUUUCUGAUGUUUAGUCGGAAUCUCCUUUCUUAUAACUUGAAUCCAUUGGUUUGAGUCCUCCCCUCCGGAGAAGGAGAAAACAAGCUUGCUCCAUCUUCCACGUUACAGCCCUUGAGACAUUGAAAAAUGACUGUCAUAUGAACAACUGGGCAGUUGACAGCAAAUGCACCUGCAGAGCUAAGACUGCUGAUGAUCUCUGUAGGGCAUACAUAUUGGGAAACACAAGUUUGUUGCAUUAUCAUUUUAGUUUUAAGGUGUACACUAGAAUUAUUUCCAUAUAUACAUCAGAAAAGCUGAAGUGGUUCUUGAAAAGUGCUGUACGUUGAGACAGCCGUGCUGGAUGGAGGACAGGGCAGGAUGGGGGCCCUCAAAGCAGAGGAAGUGCUUAAUCUUCAUUAAUGAUAAAUGAAAACUGUGAGAAUCUUGAAUUUUCUCUCCAACAUAUUGUAAGGAGAGAAAAUGGAAGUUAAAUUGUACUAAAUCUGGAAUCAUUGUAUUUGGAGACCAUUCACUGAAAUAUAAACAGAUAAUAUAAAAUAGAUCAGGAUCAUAGAUUAAUGUUCUUGGGCAUUUUCCGUGAAGAAUACAUAUCCUGGGAAAUGCAUAAAAAAUCAAGUAUUGCAAAAGCCAGAUAAGAGAACUCUUUUGAAAUACUGUCACAUAAUGAGUGGUUUUAUGAUCAUUCCAGCUUUAAAAAUAUUCAUGGCUAAAGUUGGGAGCCCAGUUUGCACGUAACACUAAGUCAAAUGAUGCCUUAGUGUGAAUGAGCUCAGAAAAGCGAUUGUGGCUGCUUUGAGGAUGAGGAAGGAGUGGAGUGGCCUUAUUAGCCCCAGUUUGCUUCCCCAUGAGUGGUUACCUCUCCUUGACUGCCACCCCCUUUCCCUUGGAAAAGUCUCUUCAUGUGUCUCUUCUAGGUAGUGGUGGUGAAAUCCACGCCCACUCAUGGCAGGAACACGAGCCACUGCUUGGCUGAGUGUGUUGUCUGAACCUGGGCUCAUGGUUUAGCAGAUGUUUCCCUAUUUUGGAUUUCAUUAUAUGGGCAAAAUAUUUUUUUAUAUAGGAUUCUUAAGGCAGAAAAAUUCUGUCCAGUAGAUUUUGUUAUAAAUUCCUGUAAUAAAAAGGUUCUGUGGAGUAGAUUUCAUUGCCAUUUUCUGCAAAAAAUAAUAUGGGAAUUGUCUAGUUAGAGUUGAUGAGUAUCACGGUGAUUAACUCCAAGCUACUUUUUAGAAGUGUUCCUCCCCUAGAAUUGCUCUUUUUGCUUAUUUGUGGUGUUUAGAUAAAGGUGGGACCCAAUGCACACUUACCUGUAACCUCUACAUGAUUGCCUUUGGUAUGUACACAAGUGCAGGCAAACAACGCUCAAUAUGUAGACAUUGUCAGCACAUUUAAGUUUGGGAGCACAUUUUCCAGGCAGCACUGAGGCUCCUUUAGUUGCCUGCCAAAGUGAUGCUUCAUGGUGAGCACUGCCUGCUUGUGACAUUCUUUUAUGCUUCCAAGUCCUGUGCCCAUGUAGCACUGGCAAGCAAGAAUUGACCCUUGUGUCCCAACAGAACUUUGGAAAGCUAGUAGACAGGAUUGGAUCUCAUCCUCCAAAACUGUAACAAGAAUUUUUUUUUGUUCCAUAUGAAAGGCUGUAUGAUAACAUAUUUAGGGCAAUCUGGAUUGAAUGUUGCUGGCUUGCAUUUAAUGCUUAUCUUUCCCAAGCUUAGGACUUUCUGAUGAAAGAGGUGGGGGAGGAAAUUUCCAUAAUACUGCAAUACACAAGCACAUACCAUUGUUAAACAAACACAUGGAAUGUAAUUCUCGAUCAGAAAAGCUUCCCUGAAGCUGUCCUUAGCAAAGAGGUUAUGAAAGAUUGAUAGCAUGGAAGAGGAAAUAAGGAAAAAUAGGGACUACAUGAGAAAGGCACUUCUUAUGUUUACUCCAGAAAAAAGAGAUGUUUCUAGCAUAUGAGCUGCAUAUGAUAGGUCAAAAGCCGGUCUUUGAAGUGAGCCUAGAAAUGAAUUGGUAACCUGUUCAGCCAAGCCAGAACUGGUGUUCUAUGUUCAUACUGUCCUAUUCUAGCCAACAAUUGCCGUUAAAUGUCCUCAGGUGUAUAAUACGAAAUAAUACCAUACCUGACCUGGAUGAUAAGCAGGGGUAAAAUUCGGAAGUCUAAUUAAUAAUUGCAGAGGAAUAUAUUAUUUGGCACUGGCAAAACCAGCUGGUGCAGUUCUAGGUCACAGAUGCUCUUUGCUGCUCUUUGCCUGACCACAUUUUUGUUCUCUACUGCUUUACUGUAUAGUUUUCAAGUAUUAUUUUUAACUUGUGCAGGAAAGUCAGCAGGCAGUUAACAUUUAUUAAAUAAAUAAAUAAAUAGGAGUCAGAUAAACUAUUUAUUAAGGUUCGCGACAAAGCUUGCAUGCUCUUAUACUGUAAUGAUUGUCAUUUUAAAACUAGCUUUUUGCCUUCGAGCUAUCGAGGUAAAGAUCUACGUGAAAACUACUGCCGCAAUCCCAGAGGAGAGGAAGGCGGGCCCUGGUGCUUUACAAGCAGCCCAACGAAGCGUCAUGAACCCUGUGACAUUCCUCUCUGUUCGGAAGGUAACACUCAGAAGGUCAACCAUUAGUUGAUUUCAGUUUUGUGCAGAAGCAGAAUUAACUUUACAAAUAUGACACAUCACAGAUUUCUGUCUUUUGAGUGCAACUCAGAUUCUGAUAAUUAUUAGAGAACAUUUUCUUGACGCUUGAGAUUCAAACUUUGUGACAAUCUAGGCUGCCUUUUGGAAACUCUUGAAAGUCCUUGGAUGUUUUGGCAACAGAGAAACCUCCAUUCUUACUUCACAUUUCACAUUAGGCAAAAAUUGAUGAAAAGCAUAAUUAAUUUGAUAGAAGACCAUGUGAAUCUAACAGGAGGUUGCUAUUUGUUGACAUAUGCUUUUAUCUGCAGUAUUGGAAUGAGGUGUUGAGCUCAAGUCACUAUCCUAGAAAAGAGUCACUUUUCUGUACUUUCAGCUGAAUGCAUGACGUGCCAUGGCGAAAGCUAUAGAGGCCCCAUGGACCACACGGACACUGGCAAGGAAUGUCAACGCUGGGACCUUCAGAGACCACACAGGCACCCAUUUCGUCCAGAGAAGUAAAAAUGCUCUUCAUUUAUUUUAAGGAAGUACAGAUUGUGAAUGGAACCUGUCUGUCUUUUUGAGACAGGACUGCUGCCGGUGGGCUAUUGGAAUCAUUGCCAUGCACACCUUUUUCCGUCAUGAAUUGGAUUUCAACCCUUCAUUCAUGCAUUUAAUUAGUAACUAUAAUGAUGUUUGUCUUGUCCUUCCAAUGAGUUGCCAGGGUAGCUUAAAAAUAAGGAAACAAAAAAUGCAGAGCACAGAGAAAGGAGGAAUAGCAGAAUCUAAAGAUGGCAUGAAAACCUUCAGCAGAGAAGAAACUAACUGAAAUGAAAGGGCGUGAGAAAAUAAGAAUGCCUCAGAAUGGCAUCAGCAUGAUAACAAUGUAUGCAUAAAGUGAGUCUCUCUGGGGAUAGCAUUCCAUAACUGGAGCACCACCACUAAAAAGGCCCAGAUGAUGGGGACACCUAAGAAGGGUUGUUGUGAAAGAUCUUAUAGGAUGUGAAUCUAGGCAAUCCUAUAGGUCUGCUGCCCCCAAGCUAUGAAGUCUUUAAAGGGUAUGUGAAUCCUCUAUAGCAGACAUAGUUUUUCAUUGCUUACUUUUGAAAAGUAGACUGUCUGUAGGAAUAUUGCUACCUGCAACUUGAGUAGAUGUUGGAGCUAUCAUCCAAUCCAUGAGCGUUCAUGUGUCAAGCCCAAACCAAUGUCAGUGGUGUUCCAUUCAUUUGAAUGUUAAUUGUUUAACCUAAACCCUAUACAAUCUAUGAUGUAUUGAAUCAUGUACAAUCCUCAUUAAUUUUAAUGAACUUUGGACUACAACCAUACAUAGCAUUGGAAAUUGUUAAACUUCAUAUUGAUUGAGUACUAGCAGUAACUCACUUUUAUGUUUGCUCAUAAAAGCUUCUAAUUAAAAGCAUGAGGUAAUCUUAAUAGCAUAACUAGGUUUUAAUGAACAAGAGAGUGAAAGAAGAGAGACCAUGCACACACAGGUACAGAUAUCUCUAAAAAACCCCAACCAACUUUACAUAGCUUGUUAUCAAAGUGACUUAAAUAAUUGAAAAUAUUUAUGAGCUUAAUCUUUACUGUCCUCCAUAAAUCUCUACCGGAAUACUUAACCUUUAAGCUUCUCAGAUUUUUGAUCCUUUGCCUAUUAAAGCUAUAAAUGUUUUGUUUUUGUUUUGCUAAUAUUUGAUAGUGAUUUAAUAUUUAUCUUCCAUCCCCCCACCCUACAGACAAAAAAACAUUGGCUGAAGGCAAUAUUCAUUGCUGUGAGUUUGGGUUUUGGACAGUUACUUAAGUUGUUGCAGUAUUCACUUAAUGCCAAAAAAGUGAAUCUGAGCCAAUGCUAGGACACUGCAGACUAAAAAGGUUUUGUUCUUAUAGGCUGUUAUCCAAGCAUACAGUGUGAUCUGUACUUUAGAGUCCUUCAAAAGGAGCUGAUAUAGUAAUUUAGGCCAUGCAGAAUGGUCUGGGGGGGGGGGGGUAGAAUCAUAGAAUAGAAUCAUAGAAUCAUAGAGUUGGAAGAGACCACAAGGGCCAUCAAGUCCAACCCCCUGCCAAGCAGGAAACACCAUCAGAGCACUCCUGACAUAUGGUUGUCAAGCUUCUGCUUAAAGACCUCCAAAGAAGGAGACUCCACCACACUCCUAGGCAGCAAAGGUAUCUCCAGGGUAUCUACACUGUAGAUGUAAACUAGUUUAAUAGUUAUUCUUUCUCUUCAGUAAACACUUGGAACAGUAGAUCUGUGAGGGGGACUUAGAAUCCUUAAUGGAAAAAAUACUACUACUACUACUACUAAUAGGUGAAUAAUAUUCUGUUAAAGCCAUGGCAGUUAAAUCGGUAUACAUCAAACUUUAAUUUGCAGUGUAGAUAUGUCCUAUGGUGUAGGAUAUAUAUUUGCAUUGAUAUGAAUUGCAUAAGUUAACUUAAUUCUUUGCCUUUGAACGUUGAGGUCACACCCACACCAUACAUUUGAAGCGCUAUUAUUCCACUUUCACAGACAUGGAGAAUCCUGGGAGUUGUAGCUCUGUGAAGUCAGCAUCCUUAGCAAAGUAUAGUUGCCAGGAUCUUCUAUGGCUGUUAAAGUGGUAAAGUAGUGCUUAAAUACAGUAUAUGGAGAGGAGUUGACUUAUCUGCAGGCUACUUAAUUCUGCUGUCUUUUAACUGGAGUCCAGUAGAUAGGAUUUCAUAAACCGUAGCUCAUGUUGGAAUUGACUUUUAAUCAUAACAAUUACUUUUAACCAGCUUGCAUAUAUGAACAUUGUUCUUGCUUCCAUUGCAAUGAGCUGGAAAUAAGGGAAUUGGUAUUCGGUUCCAUGUCCUCCUUCCAUAGACAUUCUUUGUGACCUUGGAAUGAUCAUUAACUCAAUUUGCGCUCCACUUGCAUAACAAGUGAUAUUUUUUCCCCUGUAAUCUACUUGGAAACCGGUUGCUAACAGUAUUGGAACACUUGUUCAUUAACUACAGGAACGGUGGCCUGCAACUGGCUCCACAUUUUAUCUGAUGUCUGAUUCCUGAAUCAGGCAGAAAUUGUUUGCUAGGUGUAGGUGAUGGUGUAAAUAACAUGUCUUAAUGGAAAUGCAUGAUGUGAUGUAUUUACAUGGCGGGCUUUCGAUACUGCUGCUGUGCGUCACUGUGAAAAGCCCUACUUCUUUACCACUGUCAUUAGCAGCUACCGUAGAUUCCGGCGUAUUAGGCAACUGGGCAUAUUAGACGACUCCCCAAAUUAGCAGCUGCAAUUUGGGGAUUUGUUUUAUAAGCCAGUUGCCUAAUACGCUGGGCAGCUCCGCGCCGGGAGAAAGCCGCCUGGCGCGGAGCUGAGCCCAUCGCCCGCUGCUUCAGAGCCGCCACAACAGCAGCGGGGGCGGGCUCCGCUCCGCGCCACCCAUACCCGGCGUGUAAGGUGACCCCCGAUUUUUUAACCUCUUUUCUGGGGUUAAAAAGUCGCCUUAUAUGCCGGAAUCUAUGGUAACUUGAUCUGAAUUGCAGAGGUCCCCCAUUUUUAGCUGAUUAUGAAAAUUUGUAUAUCACAUUGGAUCACAGCAGUUCUCAACCUGUGGGUCCCCAGAUGUUGUUGGACUACAACUCCCAUCAUCCCUGAGCUCUGGCCUUGCUAGCUAGGGGUGGUGGGAGUUGUAGUUCAAUAACAUCUGGGGACCUACAGGUUGAGAAAGGCUGGAUUAGGCUCAGUUCUCUUGAUUUUUGUAAGAUUUUGAAAUGUUAUGCUGUUUUUGUGAUGUUUGAAUUUUAUUUUAUAUGUGGCUUGUAAACCACUUUGGGACAGAUUUUUCUUGAAAAGCAGCAUAUAUAUUUAUUAAAUUAAUAAACAGGUGGCCACAAGGAAGUGUGCAACAUGAUAAUAUCACAUAACACAUUUCCCUUGUGACAGGAGAGAGGAAGGACACUUGGCCUGGGCCAGCCUUGUGUGUUUGUUCUUUGUGAUAGUCCUAAAUUCGGGGUCCUGUCCAUGAUGUCUUUUAUCAGGUGAUAACCUAGCAGUUCAGAAGCACAUCAAAGUGCAAGUAGAUAAAUAGGUACUGCUCUGGCGGGAAGGCCAACGGCAUCUCCAUGCACUGCUUUGGUUUUGCCAGAAGUGGCUUAGUCAUGCUGGCCACAUGACCCGGAAAAACUGUCUGUGGACAAAUGUCGGCUCCCUCGGACAGUAAAGCGAGAUGAGCACUGCAACCCUAGAGUUAUUCGUGACUGGACUUAACUGUCAGGGGUCCUUUACCUUUAGGUGAUGGGGAUCUAAGCUUCUCAUUCCUUCAGGUAUACAGGGUUGAGGUUGUUUAGGGUUUUAAAGGUCAGCACCAAUAUUUGAAUUGUGCUUGAAAUGUGCUGGGAGCCAAUGUAAGUCUUGCAGGACCAGUACGAUGUGGUCCCAGUGGCUGCUCCCAGGCACCAGUCUAGCUUCCACAUUCUGGAUUAGUUGGAUAUUGGUUACCCAAACCCACUGAUGGUCUCUCCCAGCAGCUUCAUAUAGAUGUUGAAAAACAUGGGGGAGAGGACAGAGCCCUGAGGUACCCCACAAGUGAGUGCACAGGGGUCUGAACACUCAUCCCCCCCCCACUUUCUGGAGACGGACCAGGAGGAAGGAGCCAAACCACUGCAUAACAGUGCCCCCAGCUCCCAACCCACCUAGACAGUCCAGAAGGAUGCCAUGGUCAAGUGAUGAGACGACUAAUAGGGGAGUUUCAUUGCUAUACUACACACCCAAAAGAUUGGAUAUUAUGUUGGCGUAUUGAUUUUAUCAGACUAAGAGCAAAAUUCACAGGGAAAGGUUUGGCAAGCAGGCAUUUGAGAGCAUUGCAGCCCUUGGGAAAUGUCUCUGUCAGCCCACCUGGCUUGCGCAUUGCAGGUGGGAACUCCAAGUGCAUUGAUGGAGUCACCAGGACUGAAGACCUACAUGAGUGUAUGUAACACCCAGUCAGACCUGAGGACUCUCAUUCAGACAGCACACUGCUGCUUGUAUUGAUACAAAUUUCUGUACAGUACCAGCAAAACGAAGCUGAAACUGGGAGGUGAAUAAACAGCAGAGGAGCAGAAAAGAAGCCAGUUACUGCACAUUGGGUCUUGAUAGUGGUGAUGGGAGUUCAAGAGUUUUCUAAAGCAAUAAACCACAGGCUUCCUACAUUUCUCUACCUUCAUUCUGCAACUGAUAAAUUUAAAGAGUAGAAUUUAGCAUAGUUCUGCCUGCUCCCUGCUGACUAGAAAGGCUGUGCUAACAGCCAGCGGGUCUGGAGAAAUCAGGCUUAGAAGUAAUUGUGCCAUUGCUUUUUAACAGUAUUGGGGAACCCCAAACCAUCCCCUUGAGUGAGUGUUGUGGGAAGACACAGUAUAGCAGCAGAUCAACCACAUGUCAUUGUUUUGUAGCUCUAGGCCACUACAACUUAAUUGUAAACAAUUGGCAUACAGCACAGGAUCCUAUAGAGUUGCUAUAAAUAGCAAAAUGCCAAUAUGAUGAAAUUAGGGACCCCCGUUUUUUUAAAAAAACAAAACUCUGCAAAGUAUUGAGUUGCAUAAGAUUCUGUUGUCCUUCUGGAAUAUCUUUUGCAUAAGCUCUUAUUAAAACAACAAAAACAAAAGCCAACAGGAACUUGAGUAUGUGAAACUGGGAGACUGCAACUACCUAUUUAAAAUCUCAGGGUUUCAUCUGACUUUUGGCCCCCAGCCCACCAAAAACAUGCCCAGUCUUUACUCUUGCUAUGGCACUGUCAGUACUUCGAAUAUAACUUCCUUAUUUCAGUUCUGGGUAUGUCUUAGUUGGAUGCAACCUAGAUUCAUUUCUGCAGAUAUUUGGUGUCAUGGUGGUAGAGGUUUCAUCAGUACAUGGUGUUCUUUGAUUGACCAAGACCAAUGUUUUUAGUUCUGUCUGCAAUUCUUCUGUGAAAUGGCAACUCCAGGGAAUGUAAACAAAAGCACAUGCUGUGUAGUCUAAUAAAAUAAUUCACGUAGAUGAUAAAGCAAUUGCCUUUAAAUGUUUCCCCUGGAGGUCCAGAGCUUGGGAUAUGCACCUUGGCCUUGAUUAACAGCAUACGUUUUAAAUUUCAGUCACUAAAUGGAAGUGUCAGUUAUACUUGCAUUACUAACUUAGUACAGUGGCCACCUAAAUAGCAGGUUAAGUUGUAAAGUAAGGGGGAAGCACGAAAUUAAUGACCCAUUAAAGCUGAGAAAUGCCUGGGAAGAGCAUUUUUAUCUAUUGUUAAUCACAAUUGCCUGGAAUCCAGAAAUAACAAGCACUGAUGGAGAGCGUUAAAUGUAAUUGGAGAGAGAGAGAGAGAGAGAAGAGAAGAAAUUUUACUACCUUUUAGAAAGCUGCUACUCUGUUACAGCUAGACCUUGUCUAGAUUUACUCAGAGGCUGAGUCCAAGUAUCAAGUAAGUAUCAAAAUAAAUUUUGAUGAUAUGCAAAGUAGCAGAGUAGCUUACAGCUAGGAAGUUAAUAACUCUUCCAGGUGAUUGAUAGCUUCUUUGUAAAGACUAUACAAUAUCCAGACUUUUAAUAUUCAAAAGAACUUUACUUUCAUAAACAUAAACAUAAAGGUUUUUACGUUAUUAUACAUACCAUGUAUAAUAAAUGUAAUAUAAACAAUUAUUUCUAAAAGAAUAAGCAAAUGCUAUUCAUUCAAGAAACUGACAGUUGUCUCAAUUCCCCCCUUCACUUCUUUCAGUAAUUCCAGGACAAAGGGUAUGGAAAUAAUUAAAAAGAGAAAAAAAUAUUGACAAGAUAAAGGAGGGCAGAGGGAAACUACAUUUUUCCUCCUUGCAGUGCUGGAAAUGAGGGCAUGGCCUCAGAAUAAGCAUACUUCUAAAAAUAGAGCUAUCAUUAGCAGAAAGUUUAUUGAAAAUAGCUUCCAGUUUGAACCCAGGACUGUUGAACCCAUUUCCUUAAUGAGUCUGGCAUGCCAGGAAGUGUUUAUAUUGUCCACAUUUAAUUGGGCCAUUUGAAGAUAGGGAGUAAAGGUAUUGUGUCAAGCCAGACACUAAUGGGAGGUUGCCCAAUUAGCAGAGUGACCCUGUUGGAUGCCCUGAAGCAUAUCAAAACUGUUCUCCUCCAGAUAUUACAGCUGCUGACUGCUUUUUGAUGGCAACUCCUCCUCCCACAUCUGUAGGUAUUUGGCACCCCACAUGUUAGGAUUCCUGUUUGCCCUCACUGCCUCAGAACCCUAUCAGGCUGGAGGUCAUUUGGGCUGCAUCUUGUGUGCCUGUGUAGCGUUGCCAGGCUGACUUGGUUGACGUGCUUGUCGGUGUGCUUUGCAGAUAUCCUGACAAAGGCCUUGAUGAUAAUUACUGCCGCAAUCCAGAUAAUAAGCCGAGGCCGUGGUGCUACACUCUUGACCCAAACACCCCCUGGGAGUUUUGCACAAUUAAAACGUGUGGUGAGUUUAAUGCAAAUGUUUAUUGUGACUUUCCCCGUUCCUUAAUCUAGGCUAUCUGAGAUUGUCUCUUCACUGCGUGGCAACCCUGUUAUAUUUUCUGUAGGCUUCAGUCCUGUCGCUUAUAACAAGUUCUCUUACCUAAUAUGCUCUCCUCUUUGUGCAUUUUUUGUGUAAAAGACUCCUCAUGCAAUUUCUGGGGCGUGGGUGCUACAUUUCUGGCCUUGCCCUCAGAUCACACAGGCUCCAUCAAUCCCUCUCCACAUGCAUAAAUUUCCCUGGAAGCUGCAGACCUAAUAAUACAGUUAGUCUUGAAAGCAGAUUUUAAGGGUAACAGCUCAGAAUUUAUGAGACAGGGUUUGCCUGGGCACAAGCAAAGGUGCAUGUACAGAUGGGACCUAGAAAAUGCGCAAGCAUCCUCUGAAGCAUUGUAGUGAAGGCUGUAGUGGUAGACAAUAUCUAUCUUCCCUCUAAGCACACUCCGAAGCUCCUGUGUUGCCCCAGAGUUCUUGAAAACCCAGUUUAAAAACAACUAUAUUAGAUCAAUGCUGCUGCAGGUCUCCUGAGGUCAGAGUUCUUAUUGGUGUGGGGAAAGAUAAGAGAUCCGCUUCAGCAUACAUCUAGCAAAUCCUUUAUCUUUCCCUGCAAUCCACUUAAGCAAUGCAAUAUGUAUGAGACCUUGCUAUUUAAGGUAACAAAUAAUAUCUCAGAAGCGACUGUCUAGCAGUUUUUACUUUUAUGUUAGCAAUUAGCAUACUAAACAGUGCUGAAAAAUCUCUCCUGAGAAUACAAACAUCUGGUGCAUUUAUUGCCAUCUGGACUUCAUGCUACCUGAAUGUUUGACGUCCAAACUAAACUGAUCAAAGACCCGAUCUUGCUUAGACUUGGCAUGUUCCAAACAUUUUGAGGCUGCUUCUCUCUUCUGUGAGCCUGAAAAUGCUAAAGAGCAUUUUACCUUUUCUUGGAGUGGUAAUCUAUUUGCUCAUGAAUCUCAUAUAGGAAAACCAGUUUUCUAGUAUUAUAAAUAAAUAGCUUGAACGACAGGUUUAGGUUUAUUAAAUUUAUGUAUUGCUGCCCACAACAAAAAGUUCCAAAGUGAUUUAAAAUGAGAGUAAAAAUACAAUAAUAAAAACAGAUAAACACAGUGAGGAUCAAAACAUCCAAUCACUGGUGCUGCCUGAAUGCCUGGGGAAACAAAAAUGUCUUCUUGGUGCUGGAACAUUAACAAAGUUGACACCAGGUGGGCUUCCCCGAGGAGAUGACCUGCAUGCUUGGGGCUUCUCAGACUUCCUUUGUCCUGUUUUACCUUGGGUGCAUGUAUGCACUCGUUCGCCAGAGUGCAGAAAUAGUGCAGAGAGAUAUGCACAGUGCUUUUCCCCCCUUAAAAAAACGUUCAGGGGUCCUCUCAUUUUCUUACUCAUAUUGAAAUACUGUACUGUCCCUCAAGGAGGCCAAACUUAGAUUCACAAAAUGUUUAGGGGUAUGCAUACACCUGCGAACCCACAGAAAAAAGCACUGGAAAUGUAAGAUAGGAAUCAUGUACAACCAGUAGAAGAUCUUUGCCAUUUUAAAAUAUACUGAUUUACUUGAGGAAUCCUAAGAAUCUUAAGGGGAAUUAUUCUGUCUUUUCUGUUCCUACAUGAAUUUGCAAUUCACAAGCUGUAGGUAACAGGGCAUUUUUUUACAAGUGGCUCACGUCAGGAAAUGACUCUGAACCACUUUGUCAGGAAAUGACUCUGAACCAAUGUGAUCAUAAAAAAAGAAUGCAAUGGAAAUGUACAACUGCUGCACAAGAAAAUAUUGAUGCCCCAGUAGGAGUUUGAAUGUCCUUGAAUUGCAUUAUUGCAGUUUCCUUAAGGAGUAGUUUGACAUUUUUCUCUGCAGUAACGUUUGGUUUUUCUGAUGUAUUCAUUCUAUGUUACAGCUCCUUCCUAACAUUCCUACAAAAGUACACAAUAUGUGAUGUAACUAAUCACUUUGCUGCAAAAACAUCACAGAUUGUCAUACACUUCUGUUAAAGGAAAAUUUGCUUUUGCAAAUGGUAUACUCUCAGUGAUGACCAUUAGUAUUCUAGAGGAGUCAGGAAUAAAUAAUGUUAGAGAAUCCAUUAGCUUAGUGGUACAGCACAUGCUUUGCACUCACUUCCCAUGUUUUACUUUGCAUGAAUAAGGUCGCAAAUUCAAUCCCUUAUAUCUCUAAUUAUGUUCCUGAUGCGGCCUCAGUUCCAUAAACAUUUCCAAUUAUCACAAAUUUGUAAGUAGUAAAAAUAAGCCUUGUGCCUGCCUGCCUGAGUGACUCAUUUGAGGAGCUACCAUUUUCCAAAAUUCUGUUCAAAACAGUCCACGCCAGACUGAGUGCAGCUUGCAGAGACAUCUGCAAAAGGUCUUGAGACAGAGAAACUUGUUGGCUUUCCAAACAUAUUACUCUAGGGAGAAUUUGAUAUCAGAUUUACAGAAGCACAGCCACUCUUUAAAGUGCACAAAUAUUAGCUUAAUAAAGCCAUUAGAAUAUUAAAUGUAGGAAUGUAUUCAUUUUAAAAAUCAGAUACUUUUGCAUUAAUCCAUGAUUGUGCGUGAUCUACAUAGAACAAAUCUAGGAUGCCAAAACACUGAUUUGUGUGUUUAAUUUUCCAUGCGCAAAUACUCUUUUGACUGAAGUGGAACCAGGGAUUUAAGUAGUUAGAUGGGUUUAUAAUAGAUUUCGUCUUGUACAUGUUUAUAUGACUGGGGUUACAACAACAAAAGAUGCCUCUUGAAGAAUUACCUUUGUAUUUACCAGCAGACUUUACAUUUAAAAACUAAUCUAUAUUCCAGGUUAGACAGUAGAACCUAAUUGUGCAACCAGAUGUGAACCCACAAAAUCUUACUGACUUUAUAAAGUUUGAGCUAUGAGUAAUUCAGGCCAGGGUGCAUAAACACAGGCCCUUUACAAGGAUUCCUAGUUUUCUGUUCUUCGGGAAGCAUGCUGUUGCACAGGCACAGGGAGAGAAAGGCACUGUGAAUUGCAUUCUGGGAAACUGCAAUCUAGCAGGCAGAAACCUGGUGUUUAGUGGUGUUCCUGCUUAUGUCCAAAUAGAAGUACAGUGGUACCUUGGUUUAAGAACAUCUUCGUUUAUGAACCACUUGGAUUAAGAACGCUGCAAACACGGAAGUAGGUGUUUUGGUUUGUGAACUUUGCCUUGGAAUAAGAACAUGUUUCGCUUCCUGUUGAGUGUGUUCCAUUUGUAAAUUGAGUCCCCACUGCUGUGGGAAAGCAUGCCUUGGUUUAAGAACGUUUUGGUUUAAGAACAGACUUCUGGAACGGAUUAAGUUCGUAAACCAAGGUACCACUGUAUUAAUAGGAAAAACCUUGGAAAUGAAAUCCAUUACUGCGUUGCAGAACAAAAUCUUAAAACAGUCACAGAAUCACAGCAGAUAAAAGUCUUUCUCAUGCAAAGCAAUUCGACAUUUGAAGUGAUGGCAUUCAGUUCUUUGGAAUUCAGUGCUAGCCUAAUGUGGAAGUAGCUAUUCAUAAUGCUUGAGGAAUUUAAUUUCUGUGAAGUCCUGUGUGGACUAACCUCCUUCUAAAUUCACACUUCUCCAAGUUGUAGUUAUCCAGCCAAGUAAUGUAUACAAAAAUGGUUGUGCAUAUAGUGAAAAUAGCUUACACAGGUGCGUUAUAUUGGGGGAGAUUGCCUUGCUGAUUUUUCAUAUUGGAAGAAAAUUGUACUAAAAUGUUACUGAAUUUUCAUGGAGACUUUCUUUUUAAAAAAUCACAAAUUGAUGAGGAAAGGUGGAGAACUGAACUUAAGAUCUGAAAAAUGAGAAAUGUGCAAUAUUUUCCCAUCCCUAUUCAGAGUAAGUCUCACAAUGUUCAGUUUGGCUUGUUGUUUAGUUGUUUAGUCGUGUAUGACUCAUCGUGACCCAUGGACCAGAGCACGCCAGGCACUCCCGUCUUCCACUGCCUCCCGCAGUUUGAUCAAACUCAUGUUGGUAGCUUCGAGAACACUGUCCAACCAUCUCGUCCUCUGUCUCCCCCUUCUCCUUGUGCCCUCAAUCUUUCCCAACAUCAGGGUCUUUUCCAGGGAGUCUUCUCUUCUCACGAGGUGGCUAAAGCAUUGGAGCCUCAGCUUCAGGAUCUGUCCUUCCAGUGAGCACUCAGGGCUGAUUUCCUUCAGAAUGGAUAGGUUUGAUCUUCUUGCAGUCCAUGGGACUCUUAAGAGUCUCCUCCAGGUCCAUAAUUCAAAAGCAUCAAUUCUUUGGUGAUCAGCCUUCUUUAUGGUCCAGCUCUCCCACAUAAAUAUGCAUAAGAUUGCAGCCUAAAGGGUUGCCUUGUUUCCUAGGACCCAAUGUAUCUUUUAAGUGGUCUGCAGGAAUCAAAGGGUGAACUGUAGAACAUUCCCCUUACAUCAGGUUGACUUGCAGGAAGGAAAGCAACAGCCAUGUCUAUCUUUCUAGCUCAGAAUGUUGUGGACAGCUCUUCAGCAGCAGCUGAGACGAGAGAAUGCAUCAGAGGUCAAGGAGACGGGUACCGUGGAACUAUAAGCACCAUAUGGAGUGGCAUUGAAUGUCAGCCUUGGGACUCUCAGACUCCUCAUCAACACAACUUCACAUCGCAGAACUAUAAAUGCAAGUGAGUAGGGCCUCAUGGGUGUCACCAUUUUAAUGGCAGUGAUUAUGACUUGCAGAAUCAUUAUUAAUCUUCAACCCAAUAAAUACUCAUGUGACUUGUAGAGUGUGAUAUAAAACAUACUUUACUGUCAUGUCAAACACUAUCUAGGAAUCAUAGCUAUGUUUCUGAAGUGUUGCUUUUGGGAAAACUCACCUGAAUCUGAUUUAUAUAACUGCUCCAUGUUUGGUGGACUCAUUUCAUGGAUCCAUGAACAAUCCAAUAUGGGAAUCUUCAGAGCCUUUUUUCUGGCCUGGCGCAUAAGUUGUGGUGUAUUCAUAGUGCCUGAUGGUGUCUAGUACCAGCUUCUCACUGUGUACCUGGCAAACUGUAGUGUGGUGGUUUUAUGUGUGUGCACAUGGACUAUGUAUACCGGUGUGAUGGAGGCACACCAACAUUUCCAGUAAGAAAGAUGGUAAAAAAGUGAAUUGGUCACAGGUUUUGGGACUAGUUGGGAGAGGUGUUAAACUGUCACUCAGGGAUUUUUCUGCAACAUGGCUUUAUCUUACCUUGAACACUAAAACUUCCUACCUUCUCAACUCUCUGAUAUUUUUAAGAAGCCACUGCUCCCCCCACAACACCCCCCCCCCCAUUUCCUAGUUGUCUGAAAGUUCCCUUCUCCCUUCUAGGGAAUCUAAUACAUCUACAGGUGAACUAGUUGAAAUGAUGCAAGCCCCAGCAUCAAUUCUUCCCCUCCUAAUUAGGAUUCCUGCUGCUUAUAGAAGCUCUGGUUGUGUGGAACCAUGAUCCCUUGUAGCUGCUCAUUCUUCAGCUCUUAAAUUGGCUGGCUGUGUCCUAUGAAAGGCUUCAGUCACCUGUCCAUGUCAGAAACCUUCGCCACAGUAGCAGCUUGAGAACAAGAAUCUUGUCUGGGGGUAAGUUAUCCUGACUUGAUAAUAUGCUACGGUUUUGUGAGAGUGUGCUUGUUUUUCAGUGCAGGGUGAAUGGGUGUCCAGUAUGUUUGUUGUUACCAGUGCUUUACUUUUACUAAAAAUUCAGAUUUGUCCAUCUGGAAAUUCUCUAUUUUAUAUUCAUGCUAGUGUAGACUUUAAUGUCUGAAAAUAUGCAGGAUAACAUAUAGUUUCUUCCCCCUUAGCCCCCUUCUUGAAGGACCAGAUUUUGCAUCGACAAUAAAAGGACUGGGUAAUGAAUGCACACAAGUGCUGACAGAGGUGCACAGUGCUUGGUUUUGCUCCCAAGAGAGCCUUUCUGCUAGAAUUGGAAGGCUGACUCAGUGGUGGUUCCAGACUGUGAGGGAAUCUGAGGAAAAGGGUUCAGGAGGCCUUUCUCGGAUGGAAAGAUGAUGGCCCACAAAUGAGGCCAGGUGAGGCAACCACCUCAGAUGGCAGGAUCCAGUGGGGCAGCAGAUCUUGAUGCCAAUCUUUCUCCACCCACUGUUUGUUUCUGAUGGAGCUAUUCCCUCCCUCCUUCCCUGGUGGGCAGGGAAGCACCUCAGGUGCCAAAAUGUCUUGGGCUGGCCCUGCUUCUAGUGCUCUCAAUAUUAAAAAUACAUAUUUCUUGUUGAAGCAGCUCUUUUUACACAGUGACUCUGAAUAUUUGGGGAACUGUGACCAAGAGCACUCGGCAAAAAGUUAUUUUGCUUACUCUUGCUGCUGUUUCUUUUCCAGGAUGCAUGCAGAAUGAAGCACCCCUGCUUUGUGCCACCUGCACACUUCUGAGACAUUUGCUGACCCUGUGAUGUGAAUGGCAUGGUCUAAGUGCUGUGCAACACCCACAUGGUUUCUUGCUUGGAACACCAUGUUCAUGCACCACUCAGAAACCUGCUUUUGCAGCUCAGCUUCCAUUUUCCAGCUGAGAAAGAACUUAUUGGCACUAGCAAGACUAGUGCAAUGAAGCAUAUAUAGAUGCUGGAGAACCAUCCUUAUUAGGCUAAUGGUGUUCUAAUAAUCCAGGAUUGUUGGUUAAUGUUACAUGAAUGGGAGCUGUUGUAAGGGACAUAUUUCAAUAUCUUUCGGAAUACACUAUUCAUCAGAAUUUGAUAGGUGCCGCCAUCUAGCUGUGCACUGGGAUAGAAAAACAGUUUGAAGUAAUUUUGCAGCUUGUCUAGCUGGAAUCAGUUGAAAUGGAUUUGUCUCUUUUAUUCUUUCCUUCCUUUUUUACUAGAAAUUUCAUCUACUCGGAAGCAUUGUUGCAAAUAAAAGUCCCAUGUCAUUCAUCAAGGGGGAUGGUUGGGAGUGGGAAAUGCUGCCUGCACUCAGUUGCAACUUAGAGUAUCAGCUGCGAUGCAACUGGUGCAGUUUGACUGGAAGCAAGUCAUUGUGGCUCUGCCAUUUUCAUUCCAUGCUGCUUUGGUACUAGGCCGAGAUGCCACGGUUGCUACAGCUUGUUUGAUUCUCUUGUGUGUGCAAUAAGCACCGGCUACGCUCUGCCUCCACAGUCAGAGGCAAUAAUACUUCUGAAUACCAGCUGCUGGAAACCUCAGAGGAGAGAGAAUGCUCUUCUGCUCAGGUCCUGAUUGCGGGUGUCCUAGAGGCAUCUGGUUGGCCAUUGUGGGAACAGGAUGCUGGGCUAGAGGGGCCAUUGGCCUGAUCCAACAAGCUCUUCUAGUGUGGACUUCAAGUGCCAAUGAAUUUUUUGUGGCACGGUGGUGAAAGUGUGCUUACAUAUGGGAUAGUUGUAUUCCAGGUUUUGCUAUCGAGAUGGAUAGGCUCCAGCAUGGUGCUUACUAAAGGAUUAUUUUUUAUGGUGGUGAACCUGAUAUGUGGUGGUGCUAGCUAAGUACAGCACAGUUGUGCAUGCAUGAUAUCAACCCCCUCAUGUUGACUGCUGCAAUGUGGGCGUUCUGCGCUGCUUGCCAGUGUCCAUGGAGUCCUGGUGAUGAUGGAAGUAGACUGUGAUAGCUCAUAGAACUCUGACUCCUGUGUGAUCUUAGCCAGGGAGCUCUUGGGAGGACUCCCACAGUUCCACUGCAACAGCCAGCAAUAUGGCUAUAUGCUAUUGCUUUGUGUAUUUUCUGUCAGUGCUUGCUGCCUGGGGGGGCGGGGGGCGGGGAAGAAGGUCUCGGUUGGACAUGUGAUGACACACUGUUGUUUCCUUGCACUGCAGAGCUGAAGGUGGACCAGCAAGGAAGAAUCGAAAGAAAUCCUAUUAUAAUUUUUGCAAAUGUAACCAAGUUCCUACUGUCUUUUAUGUGUCAUAUUUCACUUUUGUUAAAUAUGUUUUUUAUGUUACUAUAUAGCUGAUGGUAGGAAUAUGUGCAUUAUGUACGGUGUGUAGACUUGAUCUUUUUAUUUUGUAUUGCAUUAAUUAUUGUCAUAAGCGCAGAAGAGUCUUUUGGCAAUGUUAUGAGAAUUGAUUUUAUAAUAUUUGUAGAGCAACUCCAAUAAAUGAAUUUUUCACUUCUCCUUUCUAUAGUCCUUUGCUCAAAUUAAUUUGACAAUUGCCUAGGUGAGUGUUCCAGUGGCACUGUAAAGCAAUCCAGGUGCCAUUCCUCUAUACACUUUCCUAGAAGUAAGUCUCAUUGUACUCAGUGGGACUUACUUCUGAGUAGACAUGCUUAGGAUCGUGCUGUAAAAAUGGCUAUAUUGUGCACAACGGUUGCAGAAAGAUAUGCUUGGUGCUGGGCAGCCAAGGAGUCCCUUAACUGCUGCAGGUUGGAGGUGGGACAUGAUGCUUUUCUCACGGUCUUCUUCUUCUUCAUGAGCCACAAACCAUUCAUGUGGAAAACAUUUUCGAAGGGGACAAGCUUUCUCUCCCCAUACAUAACCCAUUGUUUUACCCACUUGCCCGUCACUAGAACAAAAAUGUGGGAGAGAAUCCCACACUUGCCUGGCUAUGUCAUGAUGGCAGGCAUAAGGCAACAGUUUUGCAGUCACAGCCUCAGUAAAGUGUUGCUAUAAAUCUGAUCUAUUCACUGGUGAAAAAGAGGAAUAUGGGAAUGCUUUUUAAAAUGGCACAUAGGAAGCUGAAUAGUAAGCUGCCUUAUGCUGAGCCAGACAACUCCGGCCAGCUCAGUAUUGUCUCUGCUGGCUGGCAAUGGCUCUUCCAAGAUUCAGGUCGGUCUCUCCCAGCCCUAGGAUUGAAACUGGCACCUUCUGCUUACAACACCCCUGCUGCACCACUGACUUGUGGUCCUUCCCCUAAAUGCAACAUGAUCCCUUGGCAAUUAUUGUUGCCUUGGUGAUGUUUCCUGGGUAGAUCUUUGAAGACUUUACAGAUCAAAAUAAAUGUAGAUCAACAAGGCUAUUAAUAGAGCAGCUGUCGCAAUUACUGUAGACAUUAGAAAUAUGGCGGGUGGGUCCAUUUGGCUCUGUGAGCCUCUGGAAUUUAAUCCCAUUUAACUUGUAGAAGGGUGCAGUACAUGCCUUUGGCUGCAUAUACUUAACUGGCAGCAAGUCCAAAUGAAAGCAACGGGACUUCUGAAAAGCCAGGCUUUGGGCUGGUGGUGCUUGGAUGUUAGAGUUGAGAAUUAGACAUCUAUGUUCAGACCACAGAAUUAAAGCCUUAAAACUAUAGAAUAAGGAUGUAAAAGUUUUAUAGCAGUCCUCAGGAUUUUCACCCUGAAAAUUGUUCUGCUACAAUCAAUUGGUCAGAGCCAGAGUAUGUGAUUUCAAGUGUUCAGCCAAAUAUGUGUAACAUACUUUAAAGAAAAGCAUGCACGGAGCUGAAUGUAUCUCUUUUUCCAGAAUAGUGAGCCAAAUUUCAUAAAUUUCACUUAAAGCUGCACUAAUAUGGAAUAUCCUCUACAAAUCCUUUCUUGAGAACCUCUUUAACCCAACUAGGAAGGAAAUGGGGGAUCUGGUCCUGUAACAUGUCUCAGACAAAACACUCAAUUGACUCCCUUGGGGGUUUUGAUUAAGCACUUUAGAAAUAUUAGUCAACAUUUGUCAUUCAGCCUAUUUCCUAGGAAAACUCCCUUUAUUUUUGUUUUUUUGUUUUUUAAAGAAUACUGGAGUACUGGGAAAGCUCUACAAUGCUACCCUGGUUAGUUUUAGUUUCCCUGUUGAUGUUCCAUUUUCCAACACACAUUUUCCCCCCAAAAGACAGAACUGUUGAAGAUGUGUGUCUGUGUAAACGAAGAAUAGGGAUCUUUUGGGCAUCCAGAUGAGGAUGAACUGCAACUCCCAUCGCCUCUGACCAGUGGCCAAGCUGGCUGGGGCUUGUUGGAGGGCCAUAGGUUCCCCACCCAAGGUUUAAGCAAUGGAAAAGUCAAACACAAAAAGCAUACAUUCCAUUCAACUUGAACAUUGUGGCUCUCAUGGCUGAUCUCCCAGCCAACACAAAUUCUGCAUUUUUGAAGGUUCCCUGUUUCCUUACAAUUUCUUAAAAAUUGCAAUGAAUGAAAUAUUAUGUCAGAGAUAGUCAUAGUUCUUUCUUCUGUUAGGCUGUCUGAUGAAGACAUCUCAUGUUAAUAAGACUGGGCACACAUUUAUUCUACCGACAGUUAUCAAUCAUUAUUCCAGAUGGCCAAAAAAAGCCUUAUGAAACUGAAGACUCAAUUGAACUUGAGUGAAGUUUUCAGGAGAAUGGAGAGUAACACUUACAUUUCAAGAGGUUGACAGUUUUAAUACAAACUGAUACUUUGUUUUAAAGAGAGUCCCUAAUGGUUAGACGCCAAUUCAAAAGGUAACACCUGUAUAGGAUUUCUAAUCACAUUUCUCAUACUCUUGGGUUUCAGUUUCCUAAUUAAAUCAGUGAUAAAACCAAAGGGGCCCUACCCCUAUAACCAGAUAGAUCCAUUCACUCUGAGAGGGGAGGGGUUAUUGUUGGCAUAAGCCUGAAAGCAGAAUUUAUAAUAGGUUUCAGAUGACUCUGAUCCCAAUUCACAUGAAAGAGUUUGUAACAGGCAAAAUACAUUUGGAGCAACGGUGGCCGAAAGAUGGAGUGCAUAGAUACCCUUGCACUUUAUGUGAAAUACUAUAGCCAUUAUUCAUUGAAUAUAAAUGUACCUGUUGUCUCCUGCUUUCUGUUGCCAAAUUUUACUCGAGUGUGUGCACACUUUGUGUUGUUUUUUGUGCAAAUCUUUCUGCUUUAGAAACUUAGUGACACACAGAUGUCAAAUAGCUUUUAUUAUUGCUAAGUUGCAUUAGAAAAAGCAAUGCAAAACAGCAGCACUGUGCCUGACAUAUGUUAACAUGUUUAUUUUUUUUAUAGGGACUUAAGAGAAAACUACUGCCGCAAUCCAGAUGGAGCUGAGGCACCGUGGUGUUUUACUACCGACCCAAAAACUCGCACUGGCUUUUGCUUUCAAAUACCAAAAUGUGAUGCACCAAGUGAGCAAGGUAACUUCUACUAGGAAGAUAAGAAUAUUCUAAAGUAUUGUGGAAGAAACCAUACUAUUCUGUGGACAAAUUAAAUAUUUUUUUUAAGAGAGGCCACCACAGACUAAGAGUAAAAAUUUCUGUCUCUGUACCUGGAUAUUUGGUUUGCAAAUGUCUCUAAUGUAAUCUGGUGCUGUGCUGAAAAUCACCCCCUAUUGAGGAGAAAAAGCAGGUAGAACCCCAGGUGUGGGCAAGGAGCGGACCCGAGGGCUGCCUUCCCCAUCUGUCGGCUCUGCCCUUGGCCUGCAUCCCCAGUCACCAAAACUCCUGAUAGGCGGCACAGGCUUACGCCCACACCACCAAUCAGGAAGGGGCUCUGAUGCCAGGAUUCCCUCGUUGGGGCCCCAGUGAAGCGUCUGCCGUCUCACAACACCGCCCACCGAAAAGGGGGGGAGCGGACUUCUAUGAUUUUCUCAACCAUUCUGCAUCAAUUAAUGAGAAAGAAAUUACAUUUGAGAAUAAUGAAAGAGGCAGGAAAUUUCAGUCAAAUGCUCGUGGAGGGUUUGUACUUGGGAUGGUGGGUUUGUGUUAUACUUACCUUACUUUUGAGGUUUGUGAGUGUCCUUUUUUCCAUUCUACAAGCAAUCUCUCCAGUGAACUGCGUUCUGCAGUUUUCUCAGGUGGCUUCAAGGUCAGUCUGAAAGGCCCAGCCUACUAAAUCAGCACCUCACACUUUUCUUUUUAAAAUUCCACAUCCUGUGAUUCUGCUUCACAACCAAAAUGUAGCAGAAUGGUGCAAGACUAUUUGAAGUGACAAUGUCAAAAGUGUUGCAGAUGUGAAACUUAUUCACAGCAUAUGCAAAGUUGUGAAACGUUUUCCGAAUUAAACCAAAAUGUACAUUUCAAAGAUGGGAAUAUUUUUACUUGAGAUCAGCUGUGAGCUUGUCCUUUGCCUUGUAUGGGGAUGAGUAACUACAGCAUUUAUCUAUCCUUGCCAGAAUCCAGGACCUUUUCCUUGACUAGCUUAAAGUUCCAUUUUAUAACCUUCUGAAAACAUCUGGAUUUAAACUGCAGAACUAAAGAUACAUUGGCAGCUUUUACAUAUGUUAAUGCAUUGGGCGACCUUGUCAAGUUCACAGUCAACAAAUUACCAUUUGAACUGAAAAAUUCCCAGUACAUCUGCAAUAGAUAUUGAAAGCAAGUUACUUAUUUACUUUUGAGUUACUUAUUUAUAUCUUUAAACAUAAUUAUUUAAAAGAUUCAAAGAGCUCUUGUCUUCAUGUACAUUAGCUUUCUCUUAUGGCUAUGUUUACUGGCCCUGCUUUUGUAUGUAUUACCUUCUAAACAGCAUGCUGAAAAAACUGGAUUAUAUUUAAUUAACAGGAUAUUUAGAAAAACCAGUAACACUGAUAUUUUAGUAGCUUCUUUUAAAUGACUGUUCUUUAUGUAGAUUGCUAUCGAGGGAAUGGGACGAAUUAUAUGGGAAAUAUGGCCCAGACCCGCUUUGGCUUAACUUGCUCUAUGUGGGAUAAAAACAUUCAAGACUUAAAAAGGUAUGUACAAAAUUAAAAGGAAAUUUUUUUUUUCCAUCUCAAUCAGUAGAGAAAGUUGCAACAUGUUGUUCAAGUGGCUUCCAUGCUUUUUACUAAACAUUUUUUACAGUGCCUUCAAAUUAAUUCUUUUCUUUCUUUUCAAGAUGGUAUGCUUAUAGAUGCACUUAUACCCCUGUUUGGAGAGUAGAACUGGGAUGAACUCAUCUCAUUUUAUAUAGACUCCCUCUCACUCUUUUGCUUCCACUAUUCAAGGGGUUUUUCUUAUCAUUUCAGAAGAAAAGUGACUACUUAAUCUAGUGAAGUCUGUCACAAAACCAAAUUAUUUUCAGGGGCUUUUAUAUGAUCUACUGAUGUGGUGGCACUGUGAGAAGUCUUCUUCUGGUGCUUUUGCAAGAGUUCACAGACCAGUGUCAAUUCAUUUUGGGUCCAAUAUACUUUUUUCAAAAGGCAAUUGCAAUAAAAUUAGAUUCCAAGUUCAGUGCACAGCUUGCAAUUUCAUAAUAAAUUGUGGUGUUGGGAAAGAUAAAGACAUUUUCAGGAGAAUCUUCAACUGUUGUUUUGAAGGUCUGGGGGGGGGGGGAGAUUAGACUUGAUUUUCCCAUUAUUUUACUUGGAUUUGAGGGUUUCCUGCAAGCUGUAUGUUCUAUUAUUCCCUCACAUGAACUGGAAACAGAGAGCUAUGUUUUAGUACUCAACAGUUUCCCACAAUGCUCUGCUCUUUCUCAUGAAGCCUUCUGCUUAUCAAAUGAGCUUUUCUGGUUAAUUUCCCCCACCAUGCCUUAGGGGAAAUUUCCUAUACUAUUUCUAAACCCCAUAAGCCUGAAAUGUGAAUGCCGUCACAGCACAAAUUGCUUGGCAAAUAUGUCCAUUAAUAAUCAGAAAAUCGACUUGUGUUCAUACAAGCUUAUUAAAGUACAUUGCUGGCAUAUAUUUUCUUUAUAGGCAUCUACCAAUAUAUAAAGAGCCAGAUAUUAGCAAGUUGAAGAAAAAUUAUUGUCGUAAUCCAGAUGAUGAUGUUCAUGGUCCUUGGUGCUAUACAAGUGAUCCUCAGAUCCCCUGGGACUACUGCCCUAUAUCUAGAUGUAAGUGCUCAGUAUAAAUGAUAGGCCAAUGUUGUUACAGAAUUGCUGGAAGUGGGAAAAAGUCAGGAGGGAGCAUAUAUAGUUCUGUACUCUACCUGAUAAAUGUGAUAAUUUAAAAAAAAGGCUUCAGAUGCUGAUAUUGGUGAGAAUGGGGUGGGAAAAGUUGAUCAACGUGGAGAUAGUACUAAUUUAUCUAGAUAAGCUUCGAAAUUGGCAAAAUGGAAUGAAAGCAAGUCCUUGUUUGGCUAAAAUUGUGUGCAUAAACUGAAACCAACAGAAAAUUUUCCGAGAAUAUUGUCAAGUGACAUUCUACAAAUUAUGGAAGUCACCAUUUCCCCCUUCAGCAUGCCUUAGAUAUAGCAUCAUUCUGGUGUGGGGGUGGGGGUGGGGGGGAAUGGUAACUAGAUUGAGGUUCUUUCUCCAAAUCAACCCUGAAAAUCCACUAAAAUUAACUGCCUAUAAACAUGGUGGAAAAGUAGGGAGGGAUAUUUUGGCUAGCUCCUAGGAUAGAUCUUCUGUUUGAAAGGCUAUUGCAUCCCCUAAAGAGGGAUGCUGUUUCAGAUUAUAAAUCAAAUAAAUGUUUAGGGUUCUUAUUCUUCUUGGGAAACAUUCUUCUUGGGAAAAUAUUCAUAGUGGGCGACAUUAUUGAACCUGUGCCACAAGUUAAGCAGAAAAAUGUAUAUUCUUCAACAUACUCGCCAUGUUUACAGUUUUCAUACAUACAUUGUAGUUGUAAAUAAGUUUAUUUAACAAGAAUAAUCAUGGUUUGAUUAUACUGCAUUGUCUGUGUAGGUGAAGAUGAUGCCGUUCCUACAAUGGGCAGUUUAGACCGUAAGUAGCGCUUAUAUAAAUCCAAUAAAUAAAUUCUGUUAUGGUAUAUUAGCCAUCCUUUUUCACACUUCCUGGGUGUAUCUUAGGCCCACUUCAUACAUUGCUCAUACUCAUAACACUAAACAGUCCAACUUAAUCUCUUCCGGGAGUCCGUUCGAUUCCCGAAAUGGUUCGAAAACCAAGGCACAGCUUCCAAUUGGCUGCAGGAGCUUCCUGCACUCAAUCGGAAGCCGUGUCAGACGUUUGGCUUCCGAAAAACGUUCACAAACUGGAACACUCACUUCCGGGUUUGCAGCGUUCAGGAACCAAUUUGUUCGCGAGCCAAGCUGUUUGAGUACCAGGGUACCACUGCACUCCUCCUGAGCAUGUCGAAAGAGAGGCACCGCAUGAACUUGUUGCUUUCCUUGAGCUUUCUGCAGCUUGCCCAUUUAAGCACUAAACCAUGAUUAAUAAUACUGUCAAAGUCUAUUAAAGAGUCUGAAUAUAUGCUGCAAGUGGUCCUUGGGUCCUGGUUUGUCCUCCUGCUCACAGCAAAAACCACAUAACAAUUUCACACUGCUAUUUAUGAUGGUAAAGAACACUAACAAUUUUAGGGUGGCUUAUAGACUAUUUAGAGAAAAGAUGCUUGUUAGUUGUUGUUUUCUUUUAAUGGGAAAGUAUAGUUGUAUAAGCUGUUCAAAGUCUUAGGUCUAAAGUGGAAUAUAAUGUAACCUAAGAACAUUCUUUCAGCUGCUGUUAUCCCUUGUGCCUCAACAAAACACCUGAGAGUUGUUAAUGGAAUCCCUACUCAACCUGACAAAGGAUGGAUGGUUAGUUUGAAGGACAGGUAAGACUGUAUGUGCUGCCCUUUAAUGUGUGGAAUCCAACCCUCCCUUCCUUCCAAGACCUUAUUUGGUCAUUCAGAAGAACAUAACAAUAAUUGUGUGAUAGAGGAGCCACACAUAUUCACCCCCAUGCCCUCCUCUCCCCAUGGCUGUCCACGUAGUGGAGCGACCUGUUGAAUACACAUAAACUGUCCCUGUGAACUGAAACCCUGAACGAAUGUUAAUGCAAUUACCGUCAUGUGGUUUUGAACAUUCGGACAGACCUAUUGUCUCUGAUUCUCCGUUUUAGGGGAGAAAUGCUGAAUUUCUAACUGCACAUUAAGUAACAAGUUCCCUACAUUGCUUCCACAAGACAUCAUAAGUCUCACACUUAUAUAUUCCAUUGGUUCUGAGAGCAGGUCUCAAACUCGGGUGGGCCACAUCCCAGUUCUUGCUCACUCAGUCCUUUGGCCUUUGUGGUUAACUAAAUGAUCUCCAUUACCCUGAUUAACAGCACACUCCUUAGCAGGUCCACAAAAAAGUAAGUCUUACUGAAUUCAGUGGGGCUUCCUUCUUAGAUAAAUGGGGCUAGGAUUGCAGCCCAUGGUGGUUUUGUGUUAGCAGAAUCAUUUAUGUUGGUAUCAGGUGGGGCAUCCUAUUUUCACUCAAAGGAAAGGAGAAAAAUCGCAAUAUGCCAUAAGGUAUUUUAUUCAGAAACAAGCCCAAUGCAUGUCAGCCUUGUAUAUUUUAGACCUUCAUGGGGGUCAGAAUGCAAAGUUGAAACCAGCUGCAGAGCUCUCUGGUAACAGAAGCAUUUCUUUUUCUUCUUGUUGAUUGAUUCCCUUUGUGGGUCUAUUUUGCAUGCCGAGUGUUUAUUGAUAUUUAUCCCAUUUUCACUCUCUCCUCUGGGCCAUAGAUGAUACUCUUCCAAAUGGCACACCAACCUUAGGAGAAGCUUCUUAGAGGCGUUGGGGGGGUGCAAAUUGGGUAGAAGAGAUAAGCAAAAAAGAGGUGCCCUGCCUUGCACAAAGGGAGGUGCCUCUGUGCAUUUCAAGCCACUACUGGAUAGAACCCCAAGAGCAGAAGACACUUGGGCCUCAAGCUUCUCUUUCUUUUUAAAGCAAUGCACAGAAGCUAAAACAAAGCUAUACUUGCUGGGGGAAGAGGAAUCUUGUUUUCAUGCUAUGGUACAAUGGCAAAAGAGUACGGUUGCUAUCGAUACAUUGACCUGGGUGUGGAGGGGGAACAAUUUUCUGGAAGUCAGCAUUGCAUUGUUAGGCAGCUAGCUUGGAGGAGGGCUGGGGAGAAGGCGUCACUGCUCCUGGUCUGCUUCCACAGGCAUCUGGCUGGCCACUGUGAGGACGCUGGAUUAGAUGGGCCAGGGGCCGGAUCCAGAGGCUCUUCUUAUGUUAGUUAUAAUAAGAACAAUAUUGGUUUGAAUUGUAUGCAGCUGCUUAUGACUACAAGUAACUAUUUCAACCUUUUCCUCCAGCAGAGGCAGGCAUUUCUGUGGAGGUUCAUUAAUAAAGGAAGACUGGGUCCUGACAGCAAAACAAUGUUUUCCUUCUCGGUAAAGUAACUUUUUAUUACUACACAGUUAGUGUAGAAAAAUAAUUUUAUUUUUAAGAGCUUGUGGUAGGAAUCUCUCUGUUGCAACCUAGCCCUCUUUGUAUAACUAUAGCCUUUAUAAAGUUGCAUUCUGCAACAAUUAUCCUUUUCAUAUAAUUAAUAUUACCACACAAUUGAUUCACCUAGGUGGUGAGGCGGAGAAUACCCAAAACUUCUAUUCUGUUUAGUCAAGAAUCCAGAUGCAACUUGGAGCUUUCCAAGAAUUUGACCUUGUAGCCGUAAACUACUUUGGCAAUUGCUCUUUGAAAUGUGUUGUACUUACGUUAAGCUGUAAUUGAAACCAGGAAAUGUAGAUUAGGGUAUGUGAAAAUAAGAAAUAAACAAGCCCCAUCCUCCACAAAAAGAAUUAGUUUACAGUUUUCUGCUGGUUCUUAUUAUCCCAAAUCUAUUCCCUACCAGAUUGCAUCAGUCACAGUUUCAGUGGUCUACUGCAUUUGAAUAUGUAUUUAGAAUUUAUACAUUCAGAAUACCACGUUAGACAUUUUUUGUCACAUUGUUAACAGAUUUUAAGUAAAGCAGCAGAAUUUUAUAAUGUAAAAAAAAAAUCAUGUAUUAAUGUAAUUAGUGUUGCUUGACCAACAAACAAAUGGUUCAUAGAAUCCCAGAUUCUAGUCCAACCCCCUGCAAUGCAGAAAUCUCAGCUAAAGAUUCAGAUGAACUCUUUCAAAAAAUCUCUUGCAGUUUUAAACUUCAUUGGUUCUAAAUAUUUGCCAUUUCCUUUGUGUAAUAAUACAAAUUCCAUUUCAACCAACAGAAAUGAGAAGUGUUUUUAUUUGAAAUGGGCAAUGUUCAGCCUAGGUUGGUCUAUCAGAGUGAAUGGGGCUCUUCCCCACAGUGGCGUUGCAAGGGGCUGGGGGCGGUGCACCCCAGGUGCCAUGUCUGGGGGGGGGGUGACAAGAAGGCACCCCGUGGUGUGCUCGCCCCACCGCCCCGGGCGUGGCGGCGCAAGCAACCAUUACACCACCGCAGCUGCAUGCGGAGGAUCCUCCGUUCGCGGCUGCAGCCACAAGCAGAGGAUCCCGCCACCGUCUGUACAUCAUUUGAGCGGUGCCGGCAGCAAACCACUACAUACAACGCAUGCGCGGUGUCGCACGCAUGCACGGUAUCUAGCAACUCCACACAUGCGCAGCCAGUGGUUUGCCAUGCCCCGGGUGUCGGUUAGCCUUCAUUCGCCCCUGCUUCCCCACCAACCUCAGUCUGUCCUUAGCCAGCCCCCACCUGCCUACCUUCUUCUGUUCAGAGAGUGGCAUUGCCUGUCAACCUUCUCCAGAAAGAGAGGAGGUACCUAGAACCUGCAUCUUCCCUGUAAUUAUACAGAGGAUCUGAGAAACUUUGGGUCAGGCAGCUAAGACGGCAGCUAACAAACUUGCAUUUUGACAUCAAAACAGAUUGGCCAAUGGUAAACAACAACAACAACCCCGAUAGCAAGCAGGAAGGACUAAGGACUAGAAGACUAAAUUAAGUAGGGAUGCAGUGAGUAUUGGACCCCUAUCAAAGAGGCUCAACAGCACACCGUGGUCUUUCAAACUGACAAAGUGUUUUCAUAUUGUAUUUAUAUUUAGCCCUGGGCAGGCAAGUCAGCGGUCUGAUUUGCACAACACUUUAAACCAUAGUGAUAAUAAUAAUAGUAAUAAUAAGUUAUUAUUUAUACCCCUCCCAUCUGGCUGGGUUUCCCCAGCCACUCUAGUGAAGCUUGACUAUAGUUCAGAGAUGCACACGCAGCAUUCUGGUGCAUGGGAUGAAAAUCAUGGCUGCUGCUUCCCUCCUCCGCCAUUCCUACUGCUGCCACACUGCUUGGGAGAUAAACCAUUGUUUGGCUUGUGGUAUUUAUCUUCUAGAACAAAGCAAAAGCUGUAACCAAGGUUUGUUUUUGGCUUACUGUCUGUGGCUUGUUUGGAGGAAACAAACUGUGAGCUUGGAUUCAGAUACAGUGCUGAGCCAAACUGUGACUUGGCUCCUGGCAGUGUAGUAGGGGCACGGGAAGAGUGAAGCAGCCAUGAUUUUUGCUCUAUGCAUCACCACGCUGCAUGUUCACCUUUGAACCACAAUUAAAGGUUUGAAAUCUGCCCAUGGUAAACUGAUCCAGAGAGCGUAAAGCCACUAGCCCACUCCAAGUGUUGAUUGAUUUGGACAGAGAACCACAAACAAAGCGCCAUUGAAUUUUCCUUCCUUAGGUAUAAUCUCAAGGACUAUCAAGCAUGGCUUGGAAUACAUAAUGUUGAAAGAGCACACGAAGAGAAGCAUAAGCAAGUUCUGAAUAUCUCCCAGCUGGUAUAUGGUCCCAAAGGAUCAGAACUGGUAUUGCUGAAACUUUCCAGGUCAGUUGUAAUCAUGCUUCUUUCUUUGCAGGUUUGUGUUGACAGUUGUGCACUUCUUAGAUGGCAAGAGACUUUGCUACUGUAUAUAAUACAAUUCCCAAGUAAAGUGACCAGAGAACUUGCUUGCAAUGACUACCUGUGGAUUUUCCCAAUUAUUUUGAAAGAGUGUUUCGAAUAUGAUAUUUGUUCUGAAAGAUUCAGUCAGCUACUGUCAUCACCAACACUUGAUCUUAACUGUCUGCUAACUGGGUCCUACUGAAAUGUGCAUUCAUUUUAACAUCUGUCUCAUUGAUUCACUGUUGAGGUGAUUACACAAUAAUUGCACAUUGCACAUCAUAACAUGUGCUCCUCCACGCGCUUGUGAAAAUGUCCUCAAAACAAUAAUUCCAGAAGGCAGUUCUACUAGACAGAUCUCCAAAAGAAAUCCCUGGACAAUAAGCAGGUAGAAAAAUAUAUAUUUUCCUGAAAAGAAUCCCAGUUUAUGAGUUCUACUCAAGUUAUGCCAGCUGAUGGACAGUAGCAGGGACGGGGAACCUCCCCUCCCCCUCCACCACAAUGGCCGCAUUUCCUCAUGGGCAUCCUACCUGGUGGUGCUGUCAGGAGCUGGAGUCAGGAUGAGGUCAGCAAUAAAAAGCACAGGUGUCUAAGGCCCCUUCCCAGAUUCCUUCCCCAGCAACCUAAGGCUCUGUCAUCUUGUCUCUUUGCUCCAAUCAACGGUGGCAACUUGAAUAAAAUAUUGGGGGGGGUAAGCCCCACCCCAUGUAAUCAAUCACAUGACAUGGCACACACACACAAAUACCAUUUGAAUGGCAAUGCCCAUGAACAUCGGGGGCCCUGUCCCCUCAAAUAUUUUAUUGGUGGGAAGUCUGAAGACCCCUCAGUCCCUAGGAGUUGGCUCCUAUGGCUCCAAUACAAAUAGGGAUGUCCUGCUAUCUCCUCUAACAUUUCUCUGAUGAAAAUAGAGAUGUCCUAAGGAAAAGCGGAACAUUCCAGGAUCAAAUCAGAAACCAGGGUGGCUUCUGUAAAUCUGGAACUGUUCCUGGAAAAUAGGAACACUUGGGGGGUCUGCAUGUAAAGAAAUUUGCUGUAGAACUUUCAGUCUGUGGGCUUCAAAAAACAAAUUCUAGAAUAUAUCUUAAGUCCUUUUGCUGAACUUUAAACUUUUUGAAAAGUUGCAAGUACAUGUCUGUUCACUUGAUCUAGCUACUGAAAUUGUUGUGAGUAUGAACUCUGCUUUAAAAGGGCUGGUAAGAAUAAGUAUACAUCUGUCUUUAUAUAAUCUCUUCCCAGGCCAGCAGUAAGCAGUGAUGCUGUGGCUAUCAUCAGGCUGCCCAUUUCUGGAUGUACCAUUCCGGAAGGCACUACUUGCACUGUUUAUGGAUGGGGACAUACAGGAAGUAAGAGCUUUUAUUCUGAAGUAGAACAUGCACUGGGAUGCUGAUAACCACCUGGGUUCCCAGUUUGUGUGGGUUCAAGUAUUAUAGGAGGGUCCUACUCAGUGCUUUUUUUCUGGGGGUACACAUACCCUGAAACAUUUUGUGAAUCUAAGUUUGGCCCCAUUGAGGAGCAGUAUUUCAAUAUGAGUAGGAAAAUGAGAGUACCCCUAAACAUUUUUUAGGGGGGGGAGCACUGGCCCUGCUUUUUAAAAAUUAACACUGAUUUGGACAGAGUCACUGCUGCUAAAAGUGAAAUGAUGAAGCCAAUUUGAAGGUUCCCACGGGGUGUGGGUGUGUGGAGAGUAGAAGGAGUUUUGAGGGAAGCAAAAGGAUUUUUCCAGAAGGCUACCAAAAUUUCCCUGGGGAUUCCAGUCACCCCUAAUAUAUAUAUGAUUAUGCAAAGCAGCAGCAACAACACAGAGAUGACCAAAUGGUUGUCUUAUUUAUCGUACUUUAAAAAGUUGGCCCAUAUUUUUCCUCCCAAACUGUUGUCUGGCCUCUGUGUAAGAAUAGCCUGCUAGAUCAGGCCAGUGGCUCAUCUAGAGUUCCUCCACCAGACCUGGACUUCCAGCAAGACAUUCAGUGCUGGAGAGAGGGAGACGUCAUCCAUGCCACAUGCACAGCACGCCUUCCGCUGCACCACCUGCCUCAUAAACUCAUACCUGAAAUUUUUGAUUAACUAACCUGCCAGUAGGGGGAAAGUAUGGCAGGUUGUGAUUUAGUUGUGUGUGUGGUAUGGAAAAAUCUGUUUUGCUGCGCUCCUGGCAUUUAUCAGGUGUCAUCAGGAAGCAGUUCAGUUAACUUGAUUUUAUUUUCUGCUUAGCUUUUAAUUACCGUAUAUACUUGAGUAUAAGCCAACUUUUUCAGCACAUUUUUUAUGCUGAAAAAGCCCCCCUUGGUUGAUACUCAAGUGAGGGUCCUUUUGGGCUGCUCCUUCCUCCUCCCUCCUCCUCCGCCUUUGCCGCUGUCGGCGGUGGCGGCGGAGAAACAAGCAGCCCAUAAGCAGCCCUUUUGGGCUGCUUGUUCUUCCUCCUCCGCUGCCGCCAUAACCAGGUUUGUGGUGUGAUGAACUGCCCUAUACUUGAGUCAAUAAGUUUUCCCAGUUUUUUUGUGCUAAAAUUAGGUGCCUCAGCUUAUAUUCGGGUCAGCUUAUACUUGAGUAUAUACGGUAAGCAUAUUGUUCUGGUACCUAGUCAAAUGACUUCAGUGGAAUUGCUUUUGAGGCGAUGGUUUUAGAAUUACAACUUUAUAUAGACUUAGUCUGAUUUAUGCCUCAUGGUAACAUCUCUCUCAAAAUGUACAUUAAUUCUUUUUAUUUUUUUAGCAAAGUCAAACUCUGUGUUAUGCUUCUUUAUUUGAACCAAUAUAGCAUCAAUAUUUGGGAACUUGUUUUUUGUUAGAAAAACAUUAUCUUUACUGUUGAAGAGAAAGCAAACAACAGCAUAUUCUCAUUUCUGCUUUUGGGUUUCAGAUGCACCCUUUGAUGGGAGACUUCGAGAAGCAAAUAUGAUCAUCAUGGGAAAUGAGCGCUGCAGUCAAGAUUUUGGAACAAAUAUAGUUGUGAAAGAGUCAGAAAUGUGUGCUAAGGCUGAGAGCAUUGGCAGUGGAACUUGUGAGGUACAAUUCUGUUGGCUUAUUUACUUAUAUCCUACCCUCCUUCAUGGAUUUCCAGGAAUCUCUUUCUGCCCAUUUUAUCUUCAAAACCAUACUCUGAUAUUGGUCAGGUUGAGAGAUGAUAACUAGCUGGAUGUUACCUACUGGGCUUCACAGCUGAGAAGGGAUUUGAACCUUGAUCUCUCUAGUCCUAAUCACACUCUCAAACCUCUACACAACAUUGGCUCAAUGUAAAAAAUGUUAGAAAUCUGUAGAAUAGCAUCUUACAUCUUCUUCCCUAGAGUUGUAAUAUUAAAAAACUGAAACUGGAGGCAAGCAAUUGCUGAAGUUCUUCUUACUAGAGUACUUGGGUCCACACCCAAACAGAGCCUGUUUUGAUGCUGAACCCUAAUAAGAAUCGCUUAGCCUAUAUUUUGAUAGAAUUAGUUACAUAGGUACAUAAUGUUCUAGCACCAAUGAAAUUAGUGAAAGCUUUGCCUUUGAUUUCAGUGGAGCAAGUUUAAAUUGCAAUGAGGCAUUUUUCUUAUAACCUGCUGAAUGGAUUAGGAUGGUCGGUCACCUGACGACACACAUCUUGUAAGGCAUACAUGAGAUAGUUUUUACUUUUUGCUCUGUAACAAUAUAGGUAUCUUUCUAUUUAUUUCGUUCUUUUUUCUUUCCUUUCUUUGUAGCGGGAUUAUGGCGGUCCAUUGGUCUGCGAGCAAAACAGAAGUAAAAUAGUAAUGGGAGUGAUCAUUCCUGGGCGUGGAUGUGCAAAUCUCAGGCGACCUGGGAUUUUUGUCAGGGUGGCCUACUACACCCGAUGGAUACAUAAAAUCUUAAUGACGUUCAAAUCAUAGCUGAACAUUCCAGCCAAGAAAGCAAAUUCCAGUUGUUGGAACAUUUUGGGAAGGAAUGAAAUCAAAGUGUAAUUGAAAGUUCUUUGAUUCUUUAAACAAACAGCAACCAUCAAGUACGGCUUGAUAGUCAAGUUUUGCUGAUAUUUAUGGAUAUUUCUGUCAUGUUGAGUCUGUCGGUGCGUUAUAUGAACUGUAGUUUAAGCAAGUAUGGUGACCUAUUUCCUGAUAAUACUUGAAUGGGAAAGCAGAAUUUCAAAAUGUGAGUGCUGGAUGAAGAUGGGUUCUGUGGAAUUAGAAUGCCCAAUUUCUUAUAUGCUGCUGGUUACGUCAGCUGGUUGAUGAGACAUGAACAUAAUUUGAAAUUUACAAUAUUUUUCCAUACUUAUGUAAGCCUCUUAAUACUUCUUUAGGACGAUGAUAAAUGCAUGCAUCAGCCAGAAUUGAUUCUUUCUCCUACUAAAAGCAAAAUGGAAUUAUAUUUCAAUCCCCUUUGUAAACAGUUGCUUGGAUUUAUAACCCAGUUUAGUUCCACAAGCUACAAUAUCUGAUUUUGGAGGGAAUCACUUGCACAAACUGUUUAUGGGAUUUCACUGUAUGUUCUCAGUUUUACACUAUUAAAAAAGAAAAGAAAAACCCUAAAUUAAUAGGGAUGCCUAGAAGAUGUUUGAUAACAAUUUAUAAGCCAUAAUUACUAUUGUAUUUUUGAACUAGUUAGGUUUUCUAUACAUAUUUGCAAUAAUCUAGAGGAGUCAAUGAAUGGGUUCCAACAAGCAAAAAGCAGUGUAUUUUCUCUCAGUGGGUAGGCAGGGAUCCAAAGAUGUGUGCAACUAAUUGUUUGUGCCUAGUGGAGUUCUUGAUGUGCUCCUUGAUAUUACUCAUCUACCAUACUAUGUGGAAAGUCACUUUGGAUCCUAGAGAUCUUUCAAAAAGCAAUUUGUGCUAUGGUGUGCUGAGGUGGGGAGUUUUGUAUUCAAAGGAAAGAGGGAGACACAAAUCCUAGUAGGUCUGCCCAGUACAAAGCUCCUAAUACACCAGUCAUGUUAUUUUGGGGGCACACCUUGCUCCCAGUGGUCUUACUCUGCAGCAUAAUGGCUUAUUGAGAUGAAACUACAUGUUUCGCCUCUGCCUCAUGUCUUUAAAGGUUAGCCACUGCUUCUCCAUUGCAGUGUAUGGCUCUUUUAUUAGCAGCAGGAAAAAACCUGAAGGUUGUGUAACCUUCCCAACAAUAUCUCUCAAAGGUUCCUCUCCCACAACCAUAAUAGACAGAAGUCCGGAUGAGCCCUAAUUGCCCAUUGAAAAAUGUCUCCUGCCUCAGGGAUACUGGCUGUUCAAGUGAGACUGAGGAGGUGAUCGGCUCCUCAUUCCCUUUACUGUUCUUUGUCACCUAGCUAGCAUAUCAGUAACUGAUAUUGUCAAGCAAAUGAGUGACACACCACAUCCCAAAAACCCAGUUCCUAUUGUUCAAGGCAUAGCUUGCAGGGUGUGGCUGUGAUUCCACUACCAGCCCAACCCCACACUUGGCACAUAAAAAAUAACUAAGAAUGCAGUUUGUCCCUUUGUGUGGAUUGAUAAUGAAAAAUAUUAAGCAUUAACAGGAUGGUAAGAAAAGUAACCACUUAUUAUAAUGCUAUAAUCUAUAAUAUAAUGAUGUUAUUACAAAAAUAAGUGCACCAGACUCACAUUUUAACACGCACACAAUACAAGUAAUACCCAUUUUUCUUACAUAAAUAAAUAUCAUAGGUUCACAGUGAGGUGUAAGGCAAUGACAUCACUUUCUGUGUAUGCACAGAAAGUGACGGGUUAAAGGCUAACAUAAUCACCUGAACAGUGAAUCAAUGAGACAGAAGUUAAAAUGAAUGCACAUUUCAGUAGGAUCCAAUUAGCAGACAGUUAAGAUCAAGUGUUGGUGAUGACAGUAGCUGACUAAAUCUUUCAGAACAAAUAGCAUAUUCGAAAAACUCUUUAAAAACAAAUGGGAAAAUCCACAGAUAGUCAUUGCAAGCAAGACUGCUUCAUAAAGAGAGCAGACAAGCAGACUAUGGGCAAUUCAGUGCUUGGUUUGCUUGCAGUGAAUUUUGCCACCAUCCCUGGUUAGUUAUCCAGGAUAAGCAGUAAAUUUCCUAUACAGAAUGGAAUUGCAGAAUGCAUGGAGCUGCGUUUACAGCUACAUACAGCUUUGAAAGAAUCUCCACAUUUAAAAUGGAUCUGCAUGUCACUUCAGUGUUCAAAAAUCUGUUUGUCAUAAUCACACUUAAAAGUAAUUCUCCAAAUACGUGGAAAAUAGGAUGUGUGAAGCAGACUUUAUUUGCCUGAACACUAUUCUCCUUAGUAGCAGACCAAGAAAACAAAAUAUAAUAUAUGUGGGGCUUUUGUUUGCUUCUGCUGUCUUUUAGGUAAAAAUGUUUAUAAUCACGCAACAGAACUUUUAAUAGAAAUAAUGAAUUUUUAAAAACCUACACACGUUCAAAUAAAAAAUGGGGUAUGAAUUAUGAAAAUGGAAUUUCUGAAUUUGGUGUGCAUGCACACAGAGAGACAGACAUGAAAUAUAGUAUUAACAUGCAUUUUUGAGACUUGUACGCCUGAAUUGGGAUCGGACCCAACCCAUAAACCGUUAACCAACCUAUAUAAAUCCAAUUGCUUCAAUUUAACAGGGUUAUGAAGUUGUAAGAUAUUGUGAAACUCUUUCCCUAGAAACUUUCUGGGUUAUAUCCAACAAAAAACUAUGUAAGUGGAACAACUUCUGGUUGUGCAAGAGAACUUCUCUCCCUCUUCUCCCCACACAUGCUCCCCAUAUGGUCUCAAGGGCUGGGGGAACCCCUAGACCAGAUUUCAGAAAGCAGGAGAUGCGUGCAGAAAGAAGAGAAGGAGGGAAGGUUCUGCUUGUGCCGUGACUUGGUUGACCGAUAGAUCUGCAGACACAAGCAGAGAAUGGGGGGCUAUAAUGAAAAUGUCAAUCACUUUGCAUUUCUAUCAAGAUUUAUGUACGCUAUGUAUUAUACAUGCAGGCAUUUUGUAUUAUGUAUGCAAACAUUUUGUUCAGUGUAAUAAAAGUGAUUCUAAAAUAUUAUAAACUUCUGCUGUGCAGAAGACAAUACAACUAUAGAUAUAUAGAUAUAAGAAUAUAUGUGGGAGUGGGUGGGUUAUACAUGUAAGGCUUUCGAAAGUAUUUGUUUUCAGUGAAGUCUCAGUAGAAUGAAUUGUACAGAGUCUAUAAUUUAGAACUUAAUACUUCUGUAAGCUCUUGCCUAUCAGGCUUUGGGGGUUUUUUUUGUUGGGUGGGGCUCAUUCACACAGUACCUUUUCUGUCCUGAUCAUCUCCUGGUAUGCACACAUGUGGAUAAAUGUAGUAUAUCGACCAGGCAGUUGUCGUGUACAGUCUGUAAAUUGUUUUGAUCCCUUCUAAUUCAGGCAACCAAGGCCCAGCAAACACAGUGUGCUUUGGUCUGGAACCUCCAUGGUUUCAAAGGCUUUGCACAUUACAGUUGUGACUGUUAAUGACUGACUGGAGUAGUUCAAACAGCACCCAGCCUUGUGGCUCCUGGUGCAAGCUGUUGUCGUGUAAUGCAGUCAGUUGCAAACAGUGUGAUUGACUACUGCACUGUGAAGCCUUUGGCUCUCAGGUGUGCCAGUAAUUUCUGGAUCUAAGGGAGGGAACUGCUGCACAAGAGAGAAUGCAAAUCAUGUGCAAACCUAUCUGGAUUUUGUAUUAUUUUUACAAACAGCUGAUCACCCCCUCUCAAAUCACAGGUCAUGUAACAGUAGAAUUUUAAAACUGCCCUCCAUUUCGAAGAGAGUUUGCUGUCAGGCACUGGAGGGCUGUUGUUCAAUUAAAAAAACAAGCCAAAAGAGCCGUUGUGCUUCCUGAGAUCAUUAUCUGCCCCAUGAGUCUGGUUUAAGGAUGAGAAAGUGGUGCCCCGAUACAUGGCAUUUAACCCAUUUCCCUGGUCUAAAUCCUUCCCUCUUUCAAGCCGGUCUGGGGGUGGGGGGAGCCAUAAGUUUGGUCUUGUUUUUCACAUGGUUCAGCAAGUACCCGGAGAUGGAUGUUCAAGAAAGCUUGAUUGAAGGGAUGGGGGGGGGGAGUGUUUUAAUUGGCCCUUGGCCUUUUCCUUUUGCUAGUGUUGGAAUCUGAAAAACAAAUCUAGGGAAACGGAACAGCUUCUUUGCACAAAGGGCAAAGAGUUUGUGCAUCAUUUAUUCCUGUGGAUAUUGCUUGUUGGUACCCAUGGUACUUCACCAUGCAAGUGUUACAAUUGCAGAACUAUUGCUAAGAAGGACACUGUCAAGGAAUUAUGUAAUUAGUAACCAUUCUUUUUCUACUAUACCUCGACAACUGAUGGAAAGCUCGUCAAGUGAAUAACAAGUUUUCCUCAUCAGUCCUGGCAGUGUAGAUUACAAAGCAGGUUUCAGUUGUGUCAGUUGUUUCCUUUCUGGUGUAUGUAUAUAUAUAUAUAUUAUUUUGGAUUGUGUAUGUGCUAUUUUAUUAUUGUGAUGAAACUCUCUCAUUGAGCUUUGGAGUGUGCAGUACAACUUAGGGCAGAUCUCAACUUUACGAGAAACAUGAAGCGUCCAGCAACAAAAAUGACAGCCUGUGUCAAUUGCCUUCUUUCCCCUUAGUAAACUGAAUACAACUUGCCCCAUGUUCCUGCCCCCUUGUGGCUUAAAUUAUGUCAGGGCAUGGUUGAGUAGAACAAGAUGCUAUAAACAAAGAAGAGGGAACUCAUCUCAGGGCUGCAGUUGCCAGUGGGCAGCUCUGUGCUCCUUGGAAUACGUAAUCUUUUAAUCUGUGGAUUUUAUCAUUCUGUAAAAAAACAUGGUGGGGCUAUUGACAUGAACAGAUAUUGGAAAAAUAGGGCACAUACUUUUUAUUUGAGGUCAAAAUCAUAACUGAGCAUUCAUUGCUUGAAAUUCAUAGAUGUGUUUUGCGUGUGGAACUGGGCUUGGAAGAUGCAGAAGAUGAAUAGCUUUUCCCAAAGGGGGGAAAAAUAGACAUUUUCAUUUAUUUCUGUGUUUUUGUAUUGGUUUUACUAUUCACACUGCUUCAGGUGGUAUUUAGAAAGCAGAGGUUUUUGCUUGCUUGCUUUUACGUUAGUGGGAUUGUAGUGUCCUUUCUAACAAAAAUAUGAAAGAUUAUGGUCAGCUCAUCCCCUGGGAAAUCAAUAGAUUUCAGUUUAUUUGAUUUAUGAUUAUAUAUUUUGCCAUAUUAAAAAUGUUCUCUCCCCCCCAUGUUUGCCAGUAUAUUAUUGAUUUGUGAAUGUUGGCCUGUUGGUGAAAGGAGCCAUGUUAUUUCUUUUUAAAGUCAUUAUUGAGUGUCACUCCACUUUUAAAUGGAUCACAGUUUAACUUUCCUUCAAUAUUUUCCUCUAUUCAUAGAUGCUGCCUGUUGAUGUUAGAAAUCUGUUUAACACUAUGGUUCUGACUUUACAAUAAUUCUGUAACUAAGGGCAUCUUCACUAGCCAUUAAAGUUGGUAUUUUUGUAUCUUUAUUAUUAUUAAUAAAAUAUUUUAUCAAAAAGCUGUGCAUGCCAUUUAUCUGAACAUUAUUCAAAAACUUACAGGUUGAGAUGAAAGAGCAAGAAAAUUGUGCUUCUCAUUUUAUAUUCUUCCAAGCUGGUGCAGCAGCUGUAUUGACUGUGCUUGGAAGAACCCGAUUUACUGGCCAUAGUGAAGUUGCUACUUUCAUCUUGGACAGUGGUGUCAUUGCAGUUGAUAUUUCUCAUAGAGUUGAUUUGUGCGUAGAGAAAGAUCCAAGAUGGCAGCAGUGGUAG